AUUUUGUCAUUCUUCGCUCGCACCUCACAAACGAUCGACGUCUUGGUUUCAGUCUCGGGGAUUAUGACUUGAAACAGUUGGAAAAUAGAUAUUAUUUAAAGAAAUACAUAUAUAUAUAUAUAUAUAUAUACGGUAUCUAUACACACAUAUAUAUAUAUAUAUAUUUGUUCAGCCAUAUAGUUCGCAUAGAGUUUUUUAUAAAAGAGUCGCAGCAUACAUAUAGAACGUCGCAAGGAUAACGCAUUGAACAAAAGAAGCGAAAGUAUCUGUAAAGAAAUAUAUUUCAAUAUAUACAUAAAUAUAUAAAGUGAAGAAGCAAAUCAAAAGAGAGAAAAGUGAUCGAGAGGUGUUUUAUUUUUAGUGCAGUUGACAACUGCAUCGAUUUGGUUGUCAUUUUCAAUGAUAUAUAGUGAUAUAUAACGACUUAAAAUGCAACGACAAAAUCCGAACCCAUACCAGCAGCAGCAGCAGCAGCAGGAGCAGCACCAACAACAACAGGUGCAGCAGCAAUACUCCACCCAGGAGUAUUCGCACUCCAGCCAAGAGCAGCAUCAGCAGCAAAGGAUUAGCCGCACUGAACAACAUGUUCAGAGGAGUCAAAUCACCACUCAGCAACGAGUACAACAACAUCAAGGCGGUAUCGGAGGCACCUAUGUACCGCCCUCGUUGACACACGUUUAUGCGCAAGGUGACAUCUCACCGCCUGUAUUUGAGCAAAUCUUCAAGAACGCUCGCUUCGCUCAGGGCGGCAACGCCCUGUUUGAAGGUAGGCUGCGUGGCAACCCGAAGCCAUUCGUUACAUGGACCCGAAAAGGCGCACCACUUCUCGAGUCGCAAAAGUUUCGUAUGAGCUACAACGAAGCCACGGGUGAUGUGUCCCUACUGAUCAACCAGAUAGGGCCCGGAGACGAAGGCGAGUAUACGUGUACGGCUCGUAAUCAGUACGGCGAAGCCAUCUGCAGUGUCUAUAUUCAACCGGAAGGCGCACCAAUGCCUGCACUGCAGCCCAUCCAGAAUCUGGAGAAGAACAUCUACUCCAAUGGCUAUUCGUAUACGUCCAUUGAGGAGGAAUUCCGUGUGGAUACGUUUGAGUAUAGACUUUUGCGUGAGGUCUCCUUCAGGGAGGCUAUUACGCGUCGCUCUAGCUAUGAGCAAGACACUCAGCUGUCCCAUGAGCUGGAUCGCUCCCUGGGCCCUGCGCAAGCACCACAAAUAUCGCAGAAGCCCAGAAGCUCGAAGCUCAUCGAGGGCUCUGAUGCUGUCUUCACAGCCCGCGUGGGCUCCAACCCGAAACCACGUCUUACCUGGUUCCACAACGGACAACGUCUGGUAGCCUCGCAAAAAUAUGAGAUCUCUUAUUCGAGUGGCGUUGCCACUCUGCGUGUGAAGAACGCCAAUGCCAAGGAUGGCGGCCAUUAUACCCUCUUGGCCGAGAAUUUGCAAGGCUGCGUCGUCUCCUCAGCUGUGCUGGCCGUCGAGCCGGCAGCUGAGACUGCCUACGAACCCAAGCCCGUGGAUCAGAUGGCUGAGCAGCUGGAAGCUGGCAAGGCUUUGCCGCCCACAUUUGUCAAGGCUUUCAACGAUCGGGAGGUUACCGAGGGACGCAUGACGCGUUUUGAUUGCCGUGUUACUGGCAAUCCCUAUCCCGAGGUCUUCUGGUUUAUCAAUGGCCGUCAAGUGCGCGAUGAUACUUCGCACAAGAUCCUGGUCAACGAGUCCGGCAGCCAUUCGCUGAUGAUCACAAAUGUGAGCCGCUUGGAUGGCGGCGCUGUGCAAUGCUUGGCCCGCAACAAGGCCGGUGAGGUUGCCAUCGAGGCACAACUGCAUGUGCUGGAGAAAGAGCAAGUUGUCGCACCACAAUUUGUUCAACGCUUCAGCACGAUGACUGUGCGCGAGGGUGAGCCCAUCAGCAUGAGCGCCAAUGCCAUUGGCACACCAGUGCCGCGCAUCACCUGGCAAAAGGAUGGUGUACAAAUUUCAUCAACUGCUGAACGCUUUGUGGGUAUCGAUGGCGGCGCCACUUGCCUGGAGAUACCACAAGUUAAGGCAACCGAUGCUGGCUGGUAUCAGUGUACCGCACAAAAUAUUGCCGGUUCCACAGCGAACCGGGCAAGACUCUAUGUCGAAGUUCCCAGAGAGCAACCAAGUCAAGAACAAAGGCGUCUUAAUCUUCCAAGACCAACGAAAGUUAUCGAGCCUGAGCCAAUCCCUGGUCCUGAAAUCAUUUAUUUGCGCCAUGUGGAACGCGCCAAGCCCCAUCUGCGACCUGGCGAGGAGGAUCGCGUUUAUCCUCCACCACAGUUCAUUAUACCCCUGCAGAAUGUGCAGCAAACCGAAGGUGGUCGAGUCCACAUGGAGGCGCGCAUUGAACCCGUCGGCGAUCCAAGCAUGGUCGUCGAAUGGUUCCUCAAUGGUCGCCCGCUGGCAGCCAGUGCCCGCGCCACAUCUGUCUUCAAGUUUGGCUUCAUUGCUCUGGAUCUAUUGAGCAUAAUGGGUCACGAUUCUGGAGAAUACAUGUGUCGCGUCAGCAAUGCCAGCGGUGUGGCAGAGUCGCGCGCCAUUUUAUCGGUGGUCCAGCGACCGUCCAUUGAGCAAUCGUCGCAGAAUCCGAACAGCUUGCAGUACAUCAACCAGCUGGAAGAUUACUCGCGCUAUCAGCGCCAGGAGAGCUCAGAGGAGUUGAUGAAUCAAGCUCCACAAUUUAUACGUCCACUGCGCGAUCUGGGUGAAUUCGAGGAGGGCAAGAAUGUGCACUUUGAGGCGCAAGUGACCCCAGUUAAUGAUCCCAGCAUGCGUGUGGAAUGGUACAAGGAUGGCUUACCAAUUACCGCUAGUUCGCGCAUCACGGCCAUAUUUAACUUCGGCUAUGUCUCCCUAAACAUAUUGCACCUACGCGCCGAAGAUGCCGGUAACUACACCGUGCGCGCCGUGAAUCGCAUUGGUGAAGCCAUCAGCCAGUCCACCAUACGCGUGCACACGCGCUCCCAGGUCACCGCUGAUCUGGGCAUACCCGAACAGCAGCGUUACAUUGAAAAAGUUGAGGAAUUGGAGGACUACCGCAAGUCCCAGCAGCGUCGCCAUGUCCAGGAGGCCCCGGAGGCCAUUGCGCCGCCCCAAUUCAAAACACCCAUCCAGAAUCAGCUGGAUUUGCGUGAGCACGCGCAUGCGCAUUUCGAGGCACGUCUCGAACCCAUUAGCGAUUCAACCAUGCGCGUGGAAUGGCUUAAGGAUGGACAACCUCUUGAGGCUAGCUCGCGCAUAACCACCUAUCAUAACUUUGGCUACGUCGCGUUGACCAUCAAGCAGAUAACCAUAUACGAUGCUGGCACCUACACUUGCCGCGCCUACAAUGCCAUGGGGCAGGAUACAACCACGGCCCAGUGUACGGUCAUAUCGAAGAACGAGAUUGUCUCGGAUACGCAACAUCCGGGAGGUUUGCAAAAAAUCCAGCACUUGGAGGACUCUUCACGCUAUGGUCGUCGUGAGGAGGAGGAAACGUACAUAACACAGGCACCGCGUUUCCUGGGCCCACUCAAGGGCACCACCAAGAUCCUGGAGGGUCAACGCGCUCACUUUGAGGCACGCGUGGAGCCACAAAGUGAUCUUGGCAUGCGCAUCGAAUGGUAUCAUAAUGGGCGCGCUAUUACCGCAGCCAAUCGUAUACAAACAUACUACGACUUCGGCUAUGUUGCCCUGGAUAUUUCACAGGUGCGCGCCGAGGAUGCGGGCAUAUACACUGUGGUAGCUAGAAACAAGCUAGGUGAAGCUCAAUUGCAAGCAACGAUGGUAGUGGAAACUCGUUCCAACAUCGACACAUCUAGCAUGCACCGCGGCCUCUAUGAAAAAACGCAGAACCUGGAGAACAAACCUUUCGUGGAGCCACAGUAUGAUAUUGAGGAAAUCUCAAAGUCGAAGCCCGUCUUUGUGCAGCCUCUUACUGAUCCCAAGCCCAUACACGAUGGCAAAAAUAUUCAUCUGGAGUGCCGUCUUGAGCCCAUGGGAGAUCCUACAAUGCGCGUUGAAUGGUUCCAUAACGGACGCCCAGUCACCGUCGGCUCAAGGUUCCGCACCUACUACGAUUUUGGUUUCGUCGCCUUGGACAUCAUCCAGGCUACGGCAGCGGACUCUGGCGAGUAUACUGUGCGCGCCACCAAUCAUCUGGGCUCAGCCCACACCUCCGCUUGUGUGCGUGUAAUUGAUCGCACCGAUGUGGUGACUGAAACCCAAAAUGAGCAAUCGCUGGAGCAGAUUCAGUUGCUUGAAGACUCGCGUCGGCGUCACCACCAGGAAGAAGAUAUAACCAUCAUGCAGGCGCCGCAGUUUACACGUGCACUUCAUAACAUCGAAACCGUCGAAGGCACCAAUGUGCAUCUGGAAUGCCGCCUGCAGCCCGUGGGCGAUCCUAGCAUGCGCAUCGAAUGGCUUGUUAAUGGCAAGCCAGUAAAGACGGGCCAUCGUUUCCGUCCCGCUUACGAGUUUGACUAUGUUGCGCUGGACUUGCUCGGCUGCUAUGCAAUUGAUUCGGGCGUCUACACGUGCCAAGCACGUAAUCAAUUGGGCGAGGCUGUCACCUCUUCCUCCGUUCGCAUCAUCGCCAAAAAAGAUUUGAUUCUGGAAACCCAGAAUGAAUCUGGCCUACAGAAGAUCCAAUAUCUGGAGGAUUCCUCACGGUAUCGUCGUAAUGAGUUUGUGGAUGAGGUGGUCAAAAUUCGUCCACGCUUUCUUACCCAUCCAAAGAGCCUGACCAACACCCGCGAGGGUGCCCACGCGCACUUCGAGUGCAAAAUAGAGCCAGUCACUGAUCCCAAUCUGAAGGUGGAGUGGUUCAAGAAUGGCCGUCCUAUUACUGUAGGUCAUCGUUUCCGUCCCAUACAUGAUUUCGGCUACGUGGCCUUGGAUAUUGUUGGCCUGAUUGCAGAGGACUCUGGUGUUUACACUUGCCGCGCUGUUAAUCAGAUUGGCUCUGAUGAAACUCAGGUGGAGCUGCAAUGCCGCAGCGGCGAGCAAAUUGUCACCGUUACCCAGAAUGAGGCUGGCUUGGAACAAAUUCAUUAUCUAGAGGAUCGUUCGCGAUAUAGCCGCCGCGAGGAGAUCGACGAGAGUACCAAGCAGGCGCCAGUCUUCACCACCUCGUUGAAAAACAUUGAGAUCAAGGAAAAUCAGCGUGCCCACUUCGAAUGCCGUUUGAUUCCGGUUUCGGAUCCCUCGAUGCGUGUAGAAUGGUACCACAACAACUUGCCCUUAAAAUCUGGCUCCCGUUUCACAGAGACUAACAACUUUGGCUUCGUUGCCUUAGACAUUAUGUCCACCCUGCCAGAGGAUGCGGGUACCUACACUUGCCGUGCCUACAAUGCAGUGGGUGAAGCCAUCACCUCUGCCGUUGCCGUGGUGCACACCAAGAAGUCCAUCUAUUUGGAGUCCCAGCACGAGACUGCAUUGCCACGACUGCAGCACUUGGAGGAUGGCUCCAAGCGUCAACGCAUUAGCGUUCAGGAUGAGUUUGUUUCACAGGCUCCGGUCUUUACCAUGCCCGUUAGGGAUGUUCGUGUAGCUGAAAACCAAGCUGUGCACUUUGAAGCCCGUCUUAUUCCCGUGGGUGAUCCAAAACUCAAGGUUGAAUGGCUGCGCAAUGGCCAGCCCAUUGAGGCAUCUAACCGCACAACCACCAUGCACGACUUUGGAUAUGUGGCUCUGAACAUGAAGUACGUCAAUCCCGAAGAUUCUGGCACCUAUACCUGCCGUGCGGUUAACGAGCUGGGUCAGGCCGUAACAUCCGCCUCUCUGAUUGUGCAGUCUAAGACGGCCAUUCAGCUUGAGACACAGCACGAAGCAGCCAUGCACAAGAUUCAUCAGCUAGAGGAUCACAGCAAGUACCAGCGCCGUGAGGAGGAGGAAUAUACCGUUACCACUGCGCCCACGUUUGUUACCAAGUUAAUUGGACCCACCAAUCUGGUUGAGGGUCAAAGUGCCCAUUACGAAUGCCGCAUUGAACCCUAUCCGGAUCCAAAUCUGAAGGUUGAGUGGUUACAUAACGGCAAGCCCCUGAGCACUGGCCAUCGCUUCCGCACCACCUACGAUUUUGGUUUUGCCGCCCUCGACAUUCUCACUGUCUAUGCGGAGGACAGUGGGGAAUACACUUGCCGUGUGACUAACAAUCUGGGCGAGGCUGUCAACUCGAUUGCCCUCAAUGUGACUUCCCGUUCGUCGAUUAUUCAUGAAACGCAGCACGAGGAGGCGUUGCAUAAGAUUCAGCAUCUGGAAGAUACCUCCCGUUUCCAGCGCAAAACCGAAGAGGAUCAAUUCCACGCGGAGCGUCCACAGUUCGGACGCCCACUGCGUAAUGCCAAGGUCAAUGAGGGCACACCCGUACAUCUUGAAGCCACACUAAUCCCCGUGAACGAUCCCACUAUGAAGGUCGAAUGGUAUUGCAAUGGCAAACCCAUCCAAUCGGGACACCGUUUCAAGACCACUUACGAUUUCGGUUUUGUUGCCUUGGACAUACUGUAUGCUCACGCCGAAGACACAGGCACCUACAUGUGCAAGGCUAAAAAUGCUGUUGGGGAAGCUGUCACGACUUGUGCUGUAAACGUAACAGCAAAUAAGACACUGGAUCUGGAUACGCUUGAUGCUCAACGACUUGAGAAGAUUCGCCAGCUUGAAACCUAUGUGGCACCCGCAAAGGUCGAAGUGGAGGAGAAAGGACAGAAACCAAUUUUCCUUACCCCACUUAGCAACCUAGAGCAUCUUAAGGAGGGCGAGCAUGGCCAUUUGGAGUGUCGCGUUGAGCCUAUCAAUGAUGCCAAUCUGAAGAUCGAGUGGUUCUGCAAUGGAAAGCAAUUGCCUACUGGACAUCGUUAUCGCACCACCCAUGACUUUGGCUACGUAGCUCUGGACAUUUUAUACGUUUAUGGCGAGGACACAGGCACUUAUAUGUGCAAGGCCACCAAUCUCCUGGGCGAAGCGGUCAAUACCUGCAAUGUGCGUGUGCUGAACCGACGCAGCAUGAUAUUGGAUACUCAGCAUCCUGAUGCUCUAGAGAAGAUACAGAAGUUGGAGUCUAAGGUUGUCACCACACGCACCGAAGUCGGCGAUCACCCCAUUGGUCCACCCCAUUUCACCGCUGAACUGCGCGGCUCCACAGAGAUAUACGAGGGACAAACGGCGCACUUUGAAGCCCAGGUGGCGCCCGUGCACGAUCCCAACUUGCGAAUUGAAUUCUAUCAUAAUGGCAAGCCCCUGCCCUCGGCUGCCCGAUUCCACAUCACCUUCGACUUUGGCUAUGUGUCAUUAGACAUUACUCAUGCCGUGGCCGAAGAUGCGGGCGAAUAUUCUGUGCGUGCUGUUAAUGCCCUGGGUCAGGCCGUAUCUACGACCAAUCUGCGAGUGAUCGCCCGCGGCACUAUUAUUUCAGACACUCAACAUCCUGAAGGCCUAGAGAAGAUACGUAAAUUGGAGUCUGCGGCACCGCAUCAGCGUCAGGAAGUUGAAACUCCUGGCACACGCCAGCGUCCAGUAUUCACACAACCGCUUCAAAAUAUUGAUCGCAUCAAUGAGCACCAGACCGCCCACUUUGAAGCUCGCCUGAUUCCAGUGGGCGAUCCCAACCUGAAGGUCGAAUGGUACCGUAACGAGAAACUGAUCGAAGAUAGCUCCCGUAUUACUAAGCAGCAUGACUUUGGCUUUGUUUCGCUGGAUAUCUCGCACAUCCGUAAGGAGGACGAGGGCGUUUACAUGUGCCGCGCCAUCAAUCCGCUGGGUGAGGCUGUCACCACCGCUUCUAUGCGCGUGGUUACUGAGGCCAGCAUCCAAAUGGAUACUCAACAUCCGGACAGCAUCCGUCGUAUUCAUCAGCUGGAGAAGCCGCUGGCUCCACUUCCCACCGAGCCGGAGCGUCUCUUCGAGAAGCCCAUCUUCACACAGCUUCUUACAGGCCCGUCUGAGCUGUGGGAGGGUGCACAUGCGCACUUUGAAGCUCGUGUUGUACCUGUCGGUGAUCCCUCACUCAAGUUCGAGUGGUUCAUUAAUGGCGUGGAACUGCAAAUGGGAUCCCGUCUGCGCACCACCCACGACUUUGGCUUUGUCACUCUGGACAUUGCAGCUGUGGUGCCUGAGGACGCUGGUGUGUACAUGUGCCGUGCCUACAAUGCCGCUGGCGAGGCUGUGUCUUCCACUGCCAUGAAGGUGAAGACGAGAGCUAACAUUGAUGGACAGCCCUUGAUUCCCGAGUCCUGGGAGGCCAUUCGCCUGAAAGAGGCAGCAAUGAACCGUGUGCCCGAAAUGUUCGUGGACUCUACACCACAGCAGGCUCCAGUUUUCACCACCCAUUUGCAAAGCUACGACAAAUUGCACGAGGGUCAGCAUGUUCUUCUGGAGGCUCAGGUAGAGCCACGCGCCGAUCCCAAUCUGCGCAUUGAGUGGUUCAAGAACGGCAUCUCAUUGACCACCGGCUCUCGUAUACGCAGCACCUUUGACUUUGGCUUGGUUACCUUGUCCAUUAAUGGCUUGCGUGAGGAUGACUCCGCUAUUUACACUUGCAAAGCCACCAACCAGGUGGGCGAGGCGGUGUCGACUUCGUCACUCAAGAUUGAAGAUCGCCACUGGCUACACGCUGAGUCUUUGCAUCCGGACUCACUGCCACGAAUUGGUGAGCUGGAGGCACCUAAGGAGGGUCGUCCAGAGGCCCCAGAGCCGACAUAUGAGACGCCUGUGUUCAUCACACAUUUGAACAACAUUGAGUGCAAGGAGAGCGACAAUGUGCGCUUCGAGUGCAAUGUGGAGCCAGCUCGUGAUCCAACUAUGAAGAUUGAAUGGUUCUACAAUGGACAACCCCUGCAGGCCGCUGCCAAGUUUAAGUCCAUCUAUGACUUUGGCUAUUGUGCCCUGGAUCUGACCAAUGCGUAUGCCGAGAACAGCGGCAUCUAUACCUGCAAGGCCACCAAUAGCAAGGGCUCGGCCACCACUUCUGGAACAUUGAAAUGCACUGGUGGCAAGACCAUGUUCCUGGACACCCAACAUCCACAGGGUGAGAGCGGUCUAGAAGCUGUGCAGGAAACGGAAGAGGCAUUGGCCAAUCGAUAUGCCCAGAAGACAACCAAGCCGGAGACUCAAUACCCACCACCAGUCUGGACUAAGCCACUGCAGCAGGAGUUCCACCUAUCCGAGGCGCAACCUAUCCAUCUGGAAGCCAAUGUGGAGCCCAAAGAGGAUCCCAACUUAGUUAUCGAAUGGUAUUUCAAUGGCAAACUGCUGCAGCAUGGUUCACGCUUUAAGAUGACCACCGAAUUCGGUUUCGUUACCAUGGAUAUGAUAGAAGUGUACUCCAGAGAUCAGGGCAUUUACACUUGCAAGGCCUACAACAAGGCUGGCGAAGCAUUCACCUCCACAACAAUAUUCUGCUCUAGCAAAGACAAUAUCAUUGAAUCCACUCAGCAUCCUAAGGGCGCCGAGGGUCUGGAGCAAAUUCAAGAUCUAGAGGACUCAUUGCGCAAGGAUGGCAGCAAGCCGGAGCAACCAGAACAGGGAAUUGCACCACGUUUCACCACCGAAUUCGUUAACAUUGUGGAUAUUGGCGAAGGCGAAUUGGCCCAUUACGAGGCCAAUCUCAUACCUCUGGGAGAUCAGAGCAUGGUCAUUGAAUGGUUCUUUAACGGAAAGGUUCUUGAGGCCAGCCAUCGCGUGCGCACCAUCUAUGCCUUUGGUACCGUCGCACUGGAAGUGCUGGGCACCAAAAUCGAGGAUACUGGCACCUACACCUGCCGUGCCACUAACAAAUAUGGUUCGGCUGAGAUAAGCUGCACUUUGGAGUGUGUAGAGAAGCCACGUGGUCAGAAGCCACACUUCACAUCGCAUAUUCAACCGCUGCAGGGCCUGAAGGAUAGUCAAUCUGCGCACUUUGAGUGCACCUUGAUUCCGGUUAAUGAUCCAGAGCUCAAGGUCGAGUGGUAUCAUAAUGGCAAACUGCUUCGUCACUCCAAUCGCAUUAAGACGGUAUCCGACUUUGGCUAUGUGGUCCUAGACAUUGCCUAUCUGCAGGAUCACGACAGUGGUGAAUAUGUUUGCCGAGCCUACAAUAAAUAUGGCGAGGACUUCACCCGUACCACUCUUAACUGUGGUGGUCGUGGCGGCGUUUUCUACGACAGCUUGCAGCCCGAUUCACUGCAAAGGAUUCGUGAGCUAGAAUGCCCACAGGGACAGCAAACUGAUACCAGUGCACCGCUGGUUGCCGAGCCACCAAAGUUUAUUACGCAGAUCAGCGAUGUCACCAAGCUGGUGGAGGGCCAGAGCGCUCACUUCGAGGCCCGCCUGACGCCGAUUACCGAUCCUGACUUGGUGGUUGAGUGGUAUUUUAAUGGCAAGAAGCUUCCACAUGGCCAUCGUUUCCGCACCUUCCACGACUUUGGUAUUGUCAUCCUGGACAUACUCUAUUGCUACGAGGAGAACUCAGGCGUUUACGAGUGCCGUGCCUUCAACAAGUACGGCGAGGAUGUUACUCGUGCUAGUCUGAAGUGCGCAUCCAAGGCCAGCCUUAUUUUGGACUCACAGCUGCCACGCGGCAUGGAAGGUGGUCUGGAGAAGAUUGCCAAUCUGGAGUAUAGCAUGGUACGCUCGCGUGAAGAGACUACUGAAGAAACCAGAGGUAAGGCACCUGUAUUCACCGUGCCACUGGAGAAUAUUGAAAACCUGCGCGAGGGUGAGAAUGCUCACUAUGAGGCACGCAUUACGCCCGCCGAUGAUCCCAAGCUGAAGGUGGAAUGGUACUGGAAUGGCCGCCCAUUGAAAGCAGGCUCACGCUUCCGCACAUUCUGCGACUUUGGUUUUGUCAUCUUGGAAAUUUCGCCCGUUUAUCCCGAAGAUUCGGGUGAAUACUCGUGCCGUGCUAUCAAUGAGUACGGUGAGGCUGUGACCACCGCAACGAUGAAAAUUCAGGGCAAGCGCAGUAUCAUCAUGGAAUCGCAACUGCCCAAGGGCAUGGAGGGCACCAUCGAUCGUAUCGCCGAGCUGGAGGGUCUGGGCUCGCGCAGCACAGAGUUUGUACCGGAAGACGAUACAGGCAAGCCGCCAGAAUUUAUUACGACACCUUUCGACAUGGUCAUCGGAGAGAACUCCUUGGCCCACUUCGAGUGUCGUCUGCAACCCAUAAACGACCCCUCCAUGCGUGUGGACUGGUUCCACAACGGCAAGGCAUUAUGGUCCGGUUCUCGCAUUAAGACCAUUAACGACUUUGGCUUUGUCAUUCUUGAGAUUGCCGGCUGCUACCAGCGUGAUACAGGUCUGUAUACCUGCAAGGCGACCAACAAGCAUGGUGAGGCCACGGUGUCCUGCAAACUGCAGGUCAAGGGUCGCCAAGGAAUUGUUGUGGAGCCGCAGCUGCCCUCUAACUUCCGCACUGGCACUGAAAGCCUGCAAAAGCUGGAGGAAAGCAUGCACAAGCGGGAAGAGAUUGUCAUCGAUGAGGAGCAACCAAAUCCACCUAAGUUUAUUGAGCAAAUCAAGGAUAACUUGGAUGUGCCCGAAGGUGGACCGAUACACUUCGAUUGCCGUGUAGAGCCCGUUGGUGAUCCAACAAUGCGCAUCGAAUGGUUCUACAAUGGACGUGUCAUGGCCACCGGCUCCAGAGUGCAUCAACUGAACGACUUUGGCUUCAUUGCUUUGGAUAUUGACUAUAUCUAUGCCCGCGAUUCCGGCGAGUAUACCUGCCGUGCCACCAACAAAUGGGGCACUGCCACCACCACUGCAAAGGUGACCUGCAAGGGUAAGCACAACAUUGUUUAUGAAUCGCAGCUGCCUGAGGGCAUGACCGCCGAGAAGUUGAAGGAACUGGAACGCGGACGCAUACCAGAGGUACCCCAGAUUGUUGAAGAGCAGUUUGGACCACCGAAGUUCAUCACUCAAAUAGCUUCAUGCACGGCCGAGGAGUCUGAAGCCGUGAGGUUCGAAUGUCAAGUAGAGCCCAAGACGGAUCCCAGUCUGCGUGUUGAAUGGUAUCGCAAUGGCAAACCUUUGCCCCUGGGUCAUCGCUAUAGAAACGUCUUUGACAUGGGCUUCGUCUCGCUGGACAUUUUGUAUGUGUACAGCGACGACUCUGGCGAGUACGUUUGUCGUGCUGUCAACAAUCAUGGCGAGGAUCGCACCAAGGCUACUGUCUCCUGCAAGAAACUACCGACAAUAUUGCUGCAAAAUCAAGUGCCCCGUGGCAUGAAACGCUCGGAAACGCUCACCCAAAUGGAGGCCACAAUCAAGAAGUACACGACCGAGGUGCAUUUAACCGAGGAUGAUCUUUUCGAUCCCGAUCGCAAACAGCCACCUCGCUUUGUUACCCAGAUCAAGGAACAGCUCACAUUGACGGAGAUGGCCAAAACCAAAUUCGAGUGCCAGCUGGCGCCUGUAGGUGAUCCGAACAUGAAGGUCGAAUGGUUCUUUAAUGGCAAACCCUUGCUCUACAAAAAUCGCUUCGAGCCCAUCUACGAUUUUGGCUAUGUGGCCAUGAACUUCGGCUGGGUAUAUCCCGAGGACAGCGGCGAAUACGUUUGCCGAGCCACAAACUUGUAUGGCAUGGAUGAGACUCGUGCUACGAUCAAGGUCUCCGGCAAGCCAGGUAUUGUCUACGACUCCCAAUUGCCGGCCCAUAUGCAGAGCAUUGAUCGCAUUCGCGAAAUGGAAGCUUCCUGGCAAGUUGUGCCCGAUGAAGUUGAUCCUGAUGCCAAGCCCAGAACGAAGCCCAUGUUUGUUAGCAAGCUGGAGCCACAGACGGUGGAGGAAGGUGAACCGGCCAGGUUCUGUGUGCGCGUUACCGGACAUCCACGUCCUCGAGUCAUGUGGUUAAUCAAUGGUCACACUGUUGUGCAUGGAUCUCGUUACAAACUGACCAACGAUGGCAUGUUCCAUCUUGAUGUACCCAAGACGCGUCAAUAUGAUACUGGCAAGGUGGAGGUUAUAGCGCGCAACUCUGUGGGCGAAUCGAUUGCUUCGACCGAACUGAAUGUUGUCGCACGCUCUGAUGAUUAUCGCAAUGUGCUCAAGAACUCACCACGCCCCUGGUACGAUUAUGAGCUAGCAGGCUAUCAGAAGGAGCGUCAGGAGAACGAGUUAGAAAAGGUAUUCGAUGAACGUAAGCAAUAUUUGUCUGAGCAGAGUGCGCACACUCUGAAGGGCGUUGAACACUUGAAGCCCAAACAGUAUAAGCCACAAACACCCGAGUGGCAACAGAGCGUCAAGGCCAAAAAGAGCGAGGAGUACUACAACAAGUUGCAGGAGCUGGAAACCGAGCAGCUGCUCAAAGAGACCACAUUACGUAGAGAUAAUCAUCAAUAUGCCAUACCUGGUGAGAAGGUUGUCAGCAGCUCUGCUGCCAAGGGCAUGGCCCAGUCCUACGAGGAGAAUCUUCAGGAGCAGACCAGCACCACUCAAAUCAAGGCGGCACCACCAAAGGGGGUAGCCCAACCUUCUGAAUCCUCGGUGCAUGGACGGGAGGUGCACAUGAACAAGCAGCAGCAAGUUCAGAAGGAGAUUCAAGGCGAUUUGGAGAUUACUCGCAAGAUCACGGCUACCGAGACCACAGAAAUGGAGCACAAGGGCACAAUUCAGGAGCGCGUUGUAAAGGGUCCCGUCAAGCCCGCAAAGGCACCCGUCUUUACCAAAAAGAUUCAGCCAUGCCGCGUCUUUGAAAAUGAGCAGGCCAAAUUCGAGGUUGAGUUUGAGGGCGAACCAAUGCCCACUGUGAAAUGGUAUCGCGAGAGCUUCCCCAUCCAGAAUUCACCCGAUCUUCAGAUUCACACGUUCAGCGGUAAAUCCAUAUUAAUCAUACGCCAAGUUUUCAUUGAGGACUCGGCUGUCUUUUCGUGUGUGGCCGAGAAUCGUGGCGGAACUGCCAAAUGCAGCGCCAACUUGGUAGUGGAGGAGCGUAGACGCGCCGGCAAAGGCGGCAUACAGCCGCCCAGCUUUGUAAAUACCAUUCAAAGCACCACCGUAGCCACUGGCCAACUGGCACGCUUUGAUGCUAAGGUGACCGGCACGCGCCCCAUGGAUGUUUACUGGUUGAAGAACGGCAUGAAGGUUCAGCCAAGCAUUAAAUUCAAGAUGCUGGAAGAGGACAACAUUCAUACAUUGCUGAUCAUUGAACCCUUCGCCGAGGAUUCUGGCCGCUAUGAGUGCGUGGCUGUUAACGCCGCUGGCGAGGCACGUUGUGAUGGUGAUUGCAUUGUCCAGUCUCCCGCAAAGCCGGAGAAGCCAACAACGCCUGGUAGCGAGAGGCCACCGCACAUUGUGGAGCAGCUGAAGAGCCAGUCCGUGGAGGAGGGCAGCAAGGUGAUCUUCCGCUGCCGCGUGGAUGGCAAGCCCACACCCACAGCUCGUUGGAUGCGUGGCGAGAACUUCGUGAAGCCAUCCCGCUACUUCCAAAUGACGCGCCAAGGCGAAUACUAUCAGCUAAUCAUAUCGGAGGCAUUCCCCGAAGAUGAGGGCACCUACAAGUGCGUUGCUGAAAACAAGCUGGGCAGUAUUCAGACCAGUGCGCAGCUCAAGGUGCGCCCCAUUGAGAAUCUGGAUGCACCACCAACCAUAACCGCUCUUAAGGAUGUCUCCGUCAGUGAAGGUAUGCCAGCACAGUUCAAAACCACUGUCACGGGCAAAGUGAAAGCUACCAGUGUGCAGUGGUUCCGAGAGGGACAGCUGAUACCUGAAACACCCGAUUUCCAGAUGAUCUUUGACGGUAACAGUGCCGUUCUAUUAAUUGCCACCACCUACGAGGAAGAUUCGGGCAUCUUUACUGUACGUGUGACUUCGUCAACUGGACAGGUCGAGUCAUCAGCCAAACUGACUGUUAAAAAACGACGUAUCUCGGCUUAUCAAUUGCGUCCGAUUGAUUCUGUCGAAGAUGAGUCAUCAUCGUCUGGCAGGGAAGAUAGCUCUCCUGAAUCGCCGCAUCAGCAACAGCAGUCACAACAGCAGACAGGCGAAUAUGGCCAAUUUCUGGGCGUUAAUGGGCAGGUACAGCAUCAGGGUCGGUCGCGAACUAAGAAGCCCAAAGUACGCAGCAAAUCCUUGCAGCCGCCGACUAAUGUUGUGCCUUGGCGCAAGUCCUCACGUCCACACCGUGGACGUUCUCUAGACAAGCAACCAUUCCUGCCGGGCUUUAAGCCGGAACCGGUAAAAUCAUGGACCGAAGAGACAAUUAGCUUAAAGGCCACGCCCAUUGAGAAAAAGAAACCAACACCUAAGCUUGAAGCCGCUAAGGUUGUCCUCAAGUCUAUCAAGAACGAAAGGGAUCAAGGCAUCAUGAGUCUUGGUGCCACCUUAGAGCAGAUUAUUGCUGGCAAAACUGAAAAAGAGGCUGUGCCUUGGAUAACUAUGCGAGAGAAGCUCAAGCAGGUGGAGAGUGUGCAGCAGCAGUUAAGCAAAUUUGACCUUGAUGAGGUCUACCUGCGUCCACUAGAGGGUCAAAUCGAGACGGACGAGCAAUUGCCAAAACAAGCGCAGGUGGAGCAAGUACAGCGCACCAAGGAAAUCCAACGCCUUAAGAGCAUGGAGAGUGUGGAAAUUAUGGAAAUGACUGAUCAAAUUGAAAAGCUUAUUACCCAGCAACAGAAUAAUAAGGAUCUCAUUCCAUGGAAAGAGAUGCGACAACAGCUUAAGAGCGUGCAACGAGUGACGAAACAGAUGGACAAGUUCAAGAUUGAAGAGGUUGAGCUACGUCAUCUGCAGGCACAACAGACAAUCAGUGAAGAGUUCCAGAAUGCUACCCACGAUACAGUUAUCAUGACUAUUGACGAUAGCUCAAAGGGUUCAAUUUCUAAAGUUAUGACGCGCAAUGAGGUUCAGCAUUAUGAGGACCAAUCCAAUAUCUACAAACAACAGUUCAUUACCACAGAAGAUGUUAACAUAAUGCACGUCUCGGAGCGUGAAAAGCUGGAGGCACAACGACUGAUCAGACAACAACAAGCAGUCAACUGGAGACAGCAGAAUCAGCGUCCCAAAUUGCAGCCACUGACCUCUGUGGAAGAUACAAUUUCACAGACUAGUGAACGCCAUAAACUUGUACAGCAGGAAAGCAUCAUGGAGGAGGCCCAGCGUCAGCAGUACGUGCAAAUCGAGGACUCACAAAUGAUGAGCCUUGAGCAGUAUGAACACCAAAAGUUAAUCAACCAGCGCACUCAACUGGAAGCUCACAACUGGCGUCAGCCACGCGAGCCACAGAAGUUCAUUCAGGUUGAGGAUUCGUCUCUGUUACACCUGCAAGAACGUCAGGAUACACAGGAGCAGCAGCUGAUUCAGCCGGAGGCCGUUCUUUGGGAUCGGGGUAACAAGAAGCCCGAGCAAGUGCAAGCCCCAGCUCCAGUUCAGGAACAAUAUGUGGAUAAGCCAAAGACAUAUGAGGAAAUGCACGACGAAUUAAUUGAACAAGUUCCAGUCCAACAGCAGGAACCAGUGCCGGUUAUGUGGGAGCGUGGCAAAAAGCAACCCAUGCAACCGCAACAGAAGACCUUUGAGGAGCUACACGACGUACUGGAUGAAACAGUGAUUGUUCAACAACCAGAACCAGUUCCAGUCAUGUGGGAGCGUGGCAAGAAGAAGCCCAUAUCUCAGGAGGUCACAGAUUCUCAGGAAAUUGUGCAGACGUCAGAAGUUGUUCAGCAACAAAUUGUUGAGGAAACGAAGAAAACGGCAGUGCGCCGAGUAAUUCCACCACGUGAGGCUGAAGAAAGAGUAGAGCAGGUUACGCUUAAGCCAACACCACGACAGCCUCCAAAAGCAGUCCCGAAGUCUGAAGAGUUCCAAUUAAAGCCUCUUAAGAGUACACGAACAGUUCAACAAACUGUUCAAGAACCGGUUCAAAAGGCGACCGAAGAAUCUACAGACAAAUUAGUUGAAGAAAUUGCACCCCAGGAACAGGAGCAACCUCAGCCUGUAAUGUGGGAGCGUAGUAAAGAUGUUAACCCCCAACAGCCAGAAAAACAAGUGCAAGAGGUUCCCAAAACACUUGAGGUGGCCGUAGAUACUUUAGAAGAAGAGACCGCUAAAGCUGCAGAGUCCCAACCACAGCCAGUAAUGUGGGAGCGUGGCAAGAAAAAGCCCAAACAGCCAACGGCUCAAGAGAUUCCCAAGACUCAAGAAGUCGCUGUCGAUACUCUGGUAGAAGAACCCGUACCAAUUACAGAACCAGAGCCUCAGCCAGUGAUUUGGGAGCGCGGCAAAAAGAAGCCUAUACAACCAAAAACUCAAGAUACUCCGAAGUCCGUUGAAGUAGCAGUUGAUACCCUGGAGGAAAAAACCGUCCCAACUGCUGAACCAGAGCCACAGCCAGUUAUGUGGGAGCGCGGUAAGAAAAAGAAGCCACCUACACAAGAAUUAGCUAAGGAAACCGUAGUUGAAUUACCUAAAGAGACUUUUGAAGAAGCAGUCGACGUUCUGCCUGAUGAAAUUAAGGUAGAUGGAAAACCUGAACCGGUUCUAUGGCAACGUGGUAAGAAGGUACCACAACCUAAGCCAGCUGAAGAAUUGCACCCAGAUGAAGUCGAUGCACAAAUUGAACAAGGUAUCGAGAUUGAGAAUGAAGAAAUUGUCGAGGAAAUGCGCAAAAUCAAGAAGGUUAAGAAACCUAAGCUUCCAAUAGCAGCACCGAAGCAAGCUGAGCAACCUGAAGAGGAGGCUCCACAAGAAGAUAUCCUUGAAGAACAGGAAGAAAAUGUGGAAGAACAGGAAGAGAUUGUUGAAGAAAAACGUAAGAUCAAGAAGGUUAAGAAACCCAAAAUACCAGCUCUCGCUCAGAAACAAAUUGAGCAAUCUGAAGAGGAGGCUCCACAAGAAGAAACCCCUGAGGAACAGGAAGAGAUUGUCGAAGAGCAAACAGAUAUUGUCGAAGAAAAGCGUAAGAUCAAGAGGGUUAAGAAACCAAAGCUACCAAUUGCACCAUUGGAACAAAUUGAGCAGCUUGAAGAGGAGGCUCCACAAGAAGAUAUCAGCGAAGCACAGGAAGAGAAUAUCGAAGAACAAGAAGAAGUUGUUGAAGAAAAGCGUAAGAUCAAAAAGGUCAAGAAACCGCUGCAACCAGCGGAUGAGGAAAUUGGACAGCCUGAACAGGAGGUUCUACAAGAAGAGAUCACUGAAGAACUGGAAGAUAACGUUGAAGAACAGGAAGAUAUUGUGGAAGCAAAGCCUCAAAUAAAGAAGACAAGGAAACCAAAGAAAUCUGUAGAAGUGACUGCCGAGCCACAACAACCUACGGAAGACAUUCCACAAGAGGAAAUCACUGCAGAGCAGGAAGAAAUUAUUGAAGAAAAGAACAAGAUUAAAAAGACAAGGAAACCAAAACCGAAAGAAGUAGAACAAGAGGAAGAAGAAGAACUUCCGGAAUCACAACCUGAAGAAGUUAAAGAAACUGAAGAGCCUACUAUUGAAGCGCCAACAAAAAAGAAGCCUGUUCCUAAAACACAAGAAGUCGAGCAAGUAGAAAAAGUUAUGCUUAAGCCUGUGCCAAGAAAACAACAGCAACUGCCUGAUAAGGAACAAUUAGAAGAAGUUACAUUAAAGCCCGUUGCAAAAACCUCCAGUGUCUCUGAGGCGCAACAGCCUGAAACAACUGAAACAGAAUUUGUUGAGACAGAGAAGAUUGUUACAUUUGAAGACCAAGUUGUGGACGUUACUAAGAAACGGGUUAAAAAGAAGAAACCCAAAGUAAAACCGGAAACUGAAGGAUCAAUCGAAGAACCAAUUGAAGAUACAGCAGAACAGGAAGAUGAAACCCUGCAAGAAGAAGAAGAAGAAACCGAGCCAGUGGAAAAUGUGCCCGUGGAACAAGAUAUUGAAGAAGUAGCUCAAAAAGAGAAGGUUACCAAAUUGAAGCCCAAAAAAGAGGAUGUUGUCGAGGUGGUUGAAGAGGUGGCCUUAAAACCAGUGACCCGACCAAAGAAACAAUUACCUCAGGAAGCUACAAUUGAAGAGGUUCGUCUUAAGCCAACAAAACGCACAACUACCAAGCCUGAUGAGGUAAAACUAGAAGAAGUUGAUUUGCAGCAUGUAGAAAAGUUGGAAGAAGAAGUAGUGCAGGAAGAGAAGCGUAAGGUCAAAAAGGUGAAAAAGCCGAAGUAUGAAGAUUUACCCGAAAUACCAGAUACAGAGCCUACGACCUUGGAAGAGGCUGAGCACAUUGACAUCGAGAAAGAGCCUAAGCCUGAAGAAGAAAAACCACAAGUACCUUGGAAGCGUGGUGAGAAAAAGAAGCCAGUUGAGGAACCCUUAGAGGAGAAGCAAUGGCCGACUGGUAAACGGCGACCACUGCCAGAAGAGCAACCUGAAGAGGUUCAUCUAAAGCCAAUUCCAGCCAAGCCCGCCGAAGUGAAAGCGAUACCAGAGAAAGCGAUUUCCCCACCUCAGUUACAGCCUGAAGAUAAGGUGGAAAGCGCUGAAGAGACGUCUGAUUUGGAGCCUCUAAAGAUUCCCGAAGACAAGCAACCAAAAGAAAAAGUUAAAAAAGAGAAGAAGAAGAAACCAAAGUUGAAGAAGGCUACGCCAUCGGUGGAUGAAGUAUCGGAGGAAGUGGCCGAACCAUUUGCUGAGCCUAUUGCUGAGGAGGAUCAAGUUGAAGGGCUGCCAGUUGAUGAUGUUAAGGUGGUUGCGGUCUCUGAAGAUGUGCAGCCAGAGGAAGAAGUUGUGAUUACUGACAAGACACCCGAAACAAAACAAAAGGCGCAUAAGAAACGUACAAAACCAUUGAAGGAAGCUUCGGUUGAAGGACAACCACAGCUACUAGAGGCAGCUGUAACCGAAAUCGAAAAGGCUGAUGAAAUUUCUCAAGAGAUCUCACAAAAGACUAUAACCCUACUGAAAAAGACUGAAGACACAAGACCUCAAUUCAUAACAACAGAACAAUUAAUUGAACUCGAUGUGGAAGAUGUAAGGCGAGAUCUCGAAAUGAAGAUCACUUCAAAUAUUAUUAAAAAGGAGAAACGGCGUGUAGUGCUCGAUGACAGUCAACCACUUCCCGAAUUGGAGCUCAUAACACAAAAACGCAUCCAAGAGGGCAUUGACAAAAUGGCUGAUGAGGAACUUAUUGAGGAUCAGCAAUUGACUCAAAACUUAGAGGAAACGACAACAUCUGAGGUGAUUGGCCAGGAGCGAAAGCUUGUCAAGAAGAAGAAGAAGGAAAUCAAGCCGCCACGCAUAACAGAGAAGCUACGACCACGUCAUUGCGUUCCCGAAGAGCCUACCGUUCUUGAGUGCAAGGUUGAAGGUGUUCCAUUCCCAGAAAUUCAUUGGUACUUUAACGACAUACUAUUGUUUGCUUCGGAGAAGUAUGAGAUAACUGUGGUGGAGCAGGUGGCACAGUUAAAGAUUGCGAAAGUCACUCCCAGCGAUGUGGGUGUUUAUACCUGUGAGGCUAAGAAUGAAGCCGGAGUGGCGACUAGUCGUACCAACAUUAUAUUAGAAAAAGAACAAGGAGUGCCGCCACAAUUUACGAAACCACUUAAGAUCGUGUUUACAGAAGAAAAAGAACCCGAGCGGCUUAAGGUUACAGUAACGUGUCAGGUCACAGGCAAGCCAAAUCCUCAAGUCAAAUGGUACCGUGGUAUUGAGGAAGUUAUACCCAACGAAGCUUUACAGAUGUUCUAUGAUCAGCAGACUGGCGAUGUGGUCCUGGAGGUUAUAAAUCCACCUCCUAAUGAGGCUAUUACCUAUUCGAUUCAGGCUCAAAAUCCAUUUGGACGCGCCGUUGGCAAUGCCAAUAUCAUGAGUCGUAUUGAUGAAGUUCCCAAAGAAAUACUUAAAGCACCUACAGUUACGCCAUUGAGUGCGGUGGUAAUUCCAAACGGAGGCACUUUGCUUUUCGAGGCCAAGUACGAUGGAAUGCCAAGACCAGAGAUCAAAUGGUUGCGCAACGGUCGUGAGAUAAUCGAGAACGAGGAGACCAUUAUAGAAACAACCGAAACUACUACCACAAUUAAGGUCAUCAAUAUGACCCGUAAGCGUACAGGCAAAUACGAAGUUUGUGCUAAGAAUAAGGUGGGUGAGGCCAAGUCUUCGGGCUCCGUGGUAGUUUCAGACCAAGCGCCUGACAAGCAAAUCAGGCCACCCAGAUUUAUCCAACCACUUGAACCGAAGUUCUUUGGAGAACAUGAAGUUGCAAUACUGGAGGCUGUUGUUGAUUCAGAACCGCUUUCAUCCUUCCAAUGGUUUGUGCACAAUGAGCCUAUCAAGAGCUCCAAUGAAUGCCGCAUUGUUACCCAGGCCAACAAGUCAACGCUCUUAAUUGAGGACUUCCAAAAGAAGUUCUCUGGUCCAUUUACUUGUCGGGCCGAAAACGUUGGCGGUUCCGUCACAUCAACAGCAACAGUAAAUAUGCUAGAGGCACUGCCACAGGAAGAGGCUGUGGAAUUCGAAUCGCCACGCUUCAUUGAGGAAUUGAUUCAGCCUGUGGAGGUAAUGGAUGGUGAAACGCUGCUGUUGACUUGUCAAGUGACAGGCAAGCCCACGCCCCGAGUGGAGUGGUAUCACAAUAAGGAAAAGAUUACCGAAACAAAGGAAACGACCAUAUCGCAGGAUGCGCAAGGAAAUUGUCAGCUGCAAAUCACCGAAGUUUUCCCUGAAAAUCAAGGUCAAUAUAAAUGCGUUGCGACAAAUAAGAUUGGCAAAAGCGUCACGAAGACAACGGUUAAUAUUCAAGCAUUUGAAUAUAUCCCCGAUUCUGAAAUCACUGGACUCACAGGAUCUGAGGAGGAUCUACUUGAUAGAACUAUCUCAAUCGACGAACAACCCCCGAAAAUAAUUAAAAAGCUACCUGAAAAAAUCGAACCCAAAGAGGGUGAACAAGCGAAAUUGGAAGUUAAGGUUAUUGGUAAACCAAAACCAAAAGUCAAAUGGCUACGUGACGACGAACAGAUAUUCGCUUCCGAGGAAUAUCAAAUCGAAAAUUUCGAGGAUGGCACCUCAGUGCUGGUCAUCAAUCAUGUAUAUCCCGAUGAUAUGGGCACAAUUAGUUUUGAGGCUUACAAUCCGUUGGGAGUGGCAGUCACAACUGCACUAUUCGCAGUAGAAGGCAUCGUUGGAUCUAAGGAUUAUCGCAAGCCAGAAUGGGUGACUCACAUGGAGGAGAUGCAAGUCGCUCUCAAAGAAACCACAACCACAAAAGUGGAAAAACAGUUCAUACAGCAACAACAAGAACAAGAACAAGCACUAGAACAAAUAAUAGGUCAAGAACAACAAGAACAUAUACAGGCUGAACAAACAGUGCAUAGGAAAACCAAAACUAAAAAGCAUAAGAAACAUACAGAAAUAAUACAACAAGAACAAAAACAACAACAAGAAACGAGAGAAACUUUUGAGAAGCAGAGAGAAACCUUUGCAGAGGAGUCAAACACAGAAGCUCCAAUAGUUGAGACACUCGAGCAAAUUGAAGAGCUACUGGCAUAUAGUACAAAACUAUCUACCCAAAAUCUAUCACAGAGCGCACAUGAAACAAUCCCAGUUUCAGUAACUACAGAACUUUCUACACCAACACCGAAAGCGGCACAAGUACAAAAUGAACUUUUAGCGCACAAGACUUUAGCUGUGAAUGAGGAGUGUUUAGCGUUUGAUGAGGUUAGUUCCAGUUUGGAUCGGUCCACCCCGGCGACUAGUGAGCUUACCGAGCAGGUUGAAGUUCGUGAAAGACAUGCAGCUUCUAUUACUGAGAUGCAGACAAAAGAAACUCACAAAGAGUUGAAAUCUUCCAAAAUACCCAAGCUUGUACAAGCUGAUCGUAAAAUUAAAGAAUCGCGUCCAUUGCUUAUUGAAACACCAAGCAUCGCUGAUUCUUUAGGUGAGCUGGAGUCGUUAAAGGCUCCCACGCAGCAAGCACAUGGCGAGAUUCUAUACUCUCAUGAGCUUACCUCGGAACAGCAGUCAACGUUGGAUACAGUCGAAAGCUUUAAAACUCUGUCAAUCGAUAUGGAAAAGGCACACCCACAAUUCCUUGAAAAAGAAGGUCUUCUGAUUACUGAAUCUUUUAGAGGUGAGACUGUAGAUAAGGAAUCACCAAAAAUAAUGCCAAAUAUUGAGCAGGUGUCUCCAAAGUUAACUUCAAGUCAUAGCCUUGGCGUUAGUGAGUGGCAACCAGAAGACUCUAUAAGGGACAUCAAACCAGCAGAAGGGGUACGCGCUGAGAGCACAUCAAUGUCAAUACAAGAGUUUAAAGCAUUCAGCACUAGUGAAACCAGGUUAUUAGAAAGCGAAGAAGAAAUCAGCGCAGGAUACAAGCCCACAAAGUCUACAGCAGAAAUUUCAAUUAAGCCCGAAGAGAGACCGCUUGUUGUGCAGGAAGUUGAAAUAUUGGAGUCACUUAGUGAUGAAAAACCUUUAAAACACCGGCACAUUGAGCUUCAGGCUGUAAAGCAAUUGGUAUUAUUGGAAGGCCUAGUAAAUACGACAUCAGAAGCACGCAGUCCUAUUGAAGAGAGUUUGCCAAUAUUCAAGACUGAAUCCCACAAAGCAACAUCGAGCCUGGAGACCCUAUCACAUAUUAUUACUCAGGAGACUGUCUUUAACGAAGAUGGACCACAGAAUUUAGCUUUAGAAAAAAAUCCCAAAAUCAUAGGUGCCACAUCAAGCCAAACCAGCUCUCUCACUGUUGGUGAAACUCAAGAGAUGCAAUUGGUGGAAAAUACGGAAAAUCUGAAUGAGCCAACAAUAGAGCCUGUUAAGCCCGCGAAGAAAACUUUAACUAGGGGCCUAGAGACCGUCGUAGGUAAUCAGGAAUCAGUAUAUGAUACCCUUGAGUCUAUAGAGCAACCGUGCUCUGAGUUGAAUGAAGGAAAAGUAAAUAUUACAGAAGGCGAACUGGUUGCAGAAGUGCACACACAAACUGCUAUCGACUCGGAGCAGAUACUCUUGUCUGAGGCACCUGAUACAGCGAAGGCGAAGCUGAAUUUCAUUGAACAGAAGGCAUUGGAUGUUAAACAGGAAACUGGGGCUGAGAAAGAAAACAGUCUUUUCCCAGAAAUACAAAUACUUGAGCAGGCCGCGAUGGAAAAAAUAAUCCCUGCUGAGCUGAAGGUAAGCAGUAUAUGGGAAGUGCAGCCUCAAUUUACACCUGCUGAUAUUCAAAGUGAUAAAGUUAAGCCAGCAACAGCUAGUCAAGGUUUUGAGUCAAAGCCAGUUGGACUGACAAGUGAACAAAAAUCGCUUAAGGGAACAGAUUAUCUAAAACUACAACAACAGCCCGAACUCAAGUCUGGAAGAAUACUUAUGGGUGAAAAUCAGCAGCCGUUAGAAGUAACUGCUGUGCAGGUUAUUGAAAGCUCCGAACUUAUCGAAUCAGCUCCACACCAAUUAGAGUCAAAAGCUCAAACAACAACAGAUACAUUUAAUCAUGCUGAGCAUAUGAUUGUGACAAUUUUGGAGUCGACCAAGGAACAUGCGACUGAAAGCAAGCCAACUGCGGCACUAGCAGAUUUUACAAUGCCAACUCAAAUUGGAACUGAUAUAACGGAACAAGCCUUACUGGAAACGUUACAGUCUCAUCAGCAGUCAGCACAGCCCCACCAGCAAAUAUCAGAAACAAACUUUGACCUUCUGCAGCCCUUAGAUACAAGCUCUGUUUUCACUCUAGAACAGGAAAAAGCCUUGCAGUCAGAUGAAUACAAUGUAACUCAAAAUGCUGCAAUAGAAACAGUCAGACCCUUACAAGUGCCAAAUAAAUCAAGCUCCCAGCAUUUGGAAUCGGUGCAAGAACUUGGUGAGAAAACUCAACCAUCUGAACACCAAGCUCUAGUCAAUAUUGGGGAAAUUACAAUACCUGAAUGUGAAGAGGUUGCGUCAUUGGAUGCCGUAAAAGAUUACUUAGCACCACCUUUAAUUGAAUCUUUUAUAACUAACAUGCAAAUCAUUGAAAACACAUCAUCUUUGAAUACGACUACAGCUAUCGUAAGUGAAGAAACAGGGAAAAUUGAAGAGCCAAUCAUACUUCAUCAAGUUGGUAUUUCACCAAAACUAACUGACUUUACCAAAAAAUCACCGCUCUUAGAAGAGCCGAAUGUUUUGGAACAUGCAGCAAAUCUUAGCACUUUUAGUCCAACAUUAGAAACUAGACAGCCUACAUUCAGCAGUUUUGACGAAAUUCAUGUGCAGGAAACGAAAGCAUUUGAGAAAGAGGUUGCACUAGAAGAUAUCUGUCAGCCAAUUAAGCAGUUAGUUAAAUUCUCACUUGAUUCUACAACUGGUAUAGUGUUGAGCCAACGGGAGAAUACUUUCGAAUUGGAACGUAAUCUAGAGGUGCCAUCUAUUUCAUUCGAGCAAGCAAAAUGUGUUGAAUCGGAAUUAUUAAAGUUGCCGUUGACGGAAGGAGUGGAGGAAAAUCAGUCAGCUGGAGAUCUGGCAUGCUUCACAGCAUCAAACAAUUUUGCAAAGUCAAGCAUUGAUGUUUUAACGGAAACAACGACCACCGAAGCCAUAGUUUAUGAUAACAUUUUAACACCUAAAGCUGUUGAUCAACCCAAAUGUAUAAGCUCUCAGUCUAUAAUUCCUCAUGAACAUAAAAUGAUCAGUGAGUGUAUGCUCAUUGGAGAAGUUGAAGAAUUUAUGAAGACACAAGAAAAACAAAGAACUGCUAAGACCACUCGGGAUACUUUAAGCCAAUCAGCUAUAAAAGAGGAUCAAAAUACGCUAGAAGCCGAAUUAUCAUUCGAUACAGAACGGGCACAGGAAUUUAAAGCAAAGGUUAGCGAGGCCUUUCCAGCUCUUUACACCAAAGGGGUCAAUGAAAUUGAGGUGUAUGAAACGAUUAGUGAAACGAAGCCUAGUGAGACAUUAAAUAAGCAAGAAGCUGGAAUUUCCCAUUCAUCGAGUUAUGCUCCAAUUAUAAAUCUUCAACAAACUAUAGAAAGUGCGGGAAACUUUCUUUCCGUGGCCCAAGCCAGCUCAGCUGCUAAAUCAAGUGAUAAUGCCUGCCAAUUAAAAUUGCCUGUUAAUACUUCAAUACAAACAGUUGAGGACGCUAAAGAAUUUAUUACAUCAACAUCGACGGAGACAGCUGCUCAACCUAACUUGGAGGGACACCAUUUUGAAGUAACGGUAAUGGAUACUCACUACGUGGAGGAUGCAGAAUCCAUAUCUCCCUACGAUAAACUAGCUACGAAGGCAACAGAAUCUAUAAAUAACAAAUUUAAAGCUACUUCAGAAUCAGAGGAAGUCCACAUAUAUCAAAAGGAGACGGUCAUACAGUCAACACAAUCUGAGGGGGUCAUUGCAAAGCCUGGAUUAAGCGAUAUUCUUCAGUACACAACAACAACUGAUACAAUGCCCUAUGAAUUAUUAGAGACUAUUAAAAAUGCCGAAUCUAAUACACAGAAAGCUCAAGUACAUCCCUUUAUACCGACUAGCGCCAACAAACUAAACGUUCAAAUUGAUGAUCUCAUCCUGCAAAAAGAGGAUACGUUCUUGAACACUCAUCAAAUAGCUUAUGGUAAACCCUUUAUUGAAGGAGCACAAAGUAAAAUGCAAAUCUGCGAAGUCAUACCUAUUGAAAAUAUUGAUAGCUUAGAUGUACCGAAAAUGACGGCUCAAGAGUCGACAAGGAUUGUAACCAGUACACCCGAAACACACAAGACUGUAUCGGAAGUUGCGGUGUAUGAAAAGGCAGAUGAAUUGAAAUAUGAGCGCCCAAAAGAAGGUCACGGCACCAAACUCGGCGAUUCCGAUACCAAAUGUGCUAACGUCACAACAAUACAAACUGGUUUUAUUAAAGAAGGUGAUAUGGCUCCCAUGUCAUUUAUUAAAAAUAAUGUUCACGUUUCUAACACGGAGAUGGAAUCAUUGGUAACUGAGGAAGUCAUUAGCGUAAGUUCCAUACAAGAAAGUUACGACCUUCGAGUGCCUAUAGAAGUGAACGCUAAUUUAACAUGUGAAUCUACUAAUAAGGCUGCAACUAUUACGGAACAGUUAGUCUAUGAAGAAUCUCCUAAUAUUAAUGUUGAGAAAAGCAAGUGCUUAACGCCAAAACUAAAUUUUGUAGAAAGCUCUAUAAAACCAGUUCAAUCAUCCACGGUAAGCGUAUUCGAAAAUAUUGAAGGACAUGGUGACUUCAAUCCACAGAAUGCACAACCAACAUCAGAUAUUUCAACAGACUUGAGCAUUUCGGUUGUUGAAGAGGUAUCUGUUAUAUCUUCCUUAGAUAGUAUUUCAAAGGUAGUGCAUACAAAGGCAAAAGCGAUCGAAGAUCACGUAACACAUAAGAAUCUACUUGUUACUAAGCAAGAGCCCAUUGCAAAUGUUCAACAUUUAUUGGAGGAUACGAUUCCAGCUUUGCAGUGUGCGAGUUACGCCACUACGGAUGCAAAAGUUGCACCUCUGUACUGUGAGCUUCAGGUAAAGGAAACUAUUCUUGAAACAAGCAGCUCUAAAGUAGAUUUGGAACAUGCAAAGCCUUCAAUACUGCCAUACAGCUCGAGUCUCAGCCAACAGACAAUUACAGAAGAACAAGUCACAACACUACAUAUGAAAAACCAAACACUGCCCACAAAUGCAAAUAUAAGCUAUGAAACGAACACUAAAAAUCAAGUUGAUAUAUUAAAUUUAGCAGCAAAUCAAAAUCUUAUAUAUGAUCUGGAAAUGCCUACAAUAGAGGAAAGAGAGAAUGCUUUGCAAAACAAAUUACCUGUACCUGACAAUGUAAAUGUUCUUUUGCCUCUUGAGGCUGCACCUAUCAAUGAUGCACAAUAUACGGUAAUACCGAAAAAUGAUAAAUCACAAACUGACUUGGAGUUACAUUCUGAGCCAAAAUUGCAAUCUACACAACUAUCUGAAUACGAAAGCUUAAGUACAAAUAUAUUAAAUCAAACGGUAAAAUCACACCCGGAUACAAAACAAGCCACUGACACAAAACACACACAACAUAAGACACCAACACAAAUUAAAGAAACACAUGAAGUUGAGAUAACGGAGAUUCCCGAAACUAUACAAAUUGUUGAAAAACUCACCAAAGAUGGUCAAAAGAAGAAAAAAAUCAUACGCACACGUGUAAUAAAGAAGGUUAAGGGCGACAAGCAAGAAAUCACCAAGAUUGAAACCAUCGAAGAGGACAACAAACAGCCCGAGACAAUUGUCACAGUAGAAGAAGCUCCCAUAUAUCAAAGAGAGCCUGAACAAAUCAGCGAACUUCCGGAAGAGGUUCACAUUGUUGAAACAGUAGCCGAAGACGGCAAGCUGAAAAAGAAGAAGACCCGCACACGUGUUAUCAAAAAGGUUAAGGGUGACAAACAAGAAGUCACCAAGAUUGAAACCAUUGAAGAGGAUGACAAACAACCCGAGACAACUGUAACAGUGGAAGAGAUUCCUGUGGAAGAAGAACAACCUGAAGAAAUCAAGGAGCUUCCAGAGGAGGUUCGUGUGGUUGAAACAGUAACCGAAGACGGCAAGCCUAAGAAGAAGAAGAUACGCACACGUGUUAUCAAGAAGGUUAAGGGCGACAAACAAGAAGUCACCAAGAUUGAAACCAUCGAAGAGGAUGACAAACAACCAGAGACAACUGUCACAGUGGAAGAGAUUCCUGUGAAAGAAGAACAACCUGAACAAAUCCAGGAGCUUCCGGAAGAGGUUCGUGUGGUUGAAACAGUAACCGAAGACGGCAAGCCUAAGAAGAAGAAGAUUCGCACACGUGUUAUCAAGAAGGUUAAGGGCAACAAACAAGAAGUCACCAAGAUUGAAACCAUCGAAGAGGAUGACAAACAACCAGAGACAACUGUUACAGUGGAAGAGAUUCCUGUGGAAGAAGAACAACCUGAACAAAUCCAGGAGCUUCCAGAAGAGGUUCGUGUUGUUGAAACAGUAACCGAAGACGGCAAGCCUAAGAAGAAGAAGAUACGCACUCGUGUUAUCAAGAAGGUUAAAGGUGACAAACAAGAAGUCACCAAGAUUGAAACAAUCGAAGAGGAUGACAAACAACCCGAGACAACUGUCACAGUGGAAGAGAUUCCUGUGGAAAAGGAGCAGCCUGAACAAAUCCAGGAGCUUCCGGAAGAGGUUCGUGUGGUUGAAACAGUAACCAAAGACGGCAAGCCUAAGAAGAAGAAGAUACGCACACGUGUUAUCAAGAAGGUUAAGGGCGACAAACAAGAAGUCACCAAGAUUGAAACAAUCGAAGAGGAUGACAAACAACCCGAGACAACUGUCACAGUGGAAGAGAUUCCUGUGGAAGAAGAACAACCUGAAAAAAUCCAGGAGCUUCCAGAAGAGGUUCGUGUUGUUGAAACAGUAACCGAAGACGGCAAGCCUAAGAAGAAGAAGAUACGCACUCGUGUUAUCAAGAAGGUUAAAGGUGACAAACAAGAAGUCACCAAGAUUGAAACCAUCGAAGAGGAUGACAAACAACCCGAGACAACUGUCACAGUGGAAGAGAUUCCUGUGAAAGAAGAACAACCUGAACAUAUCCAGGAGCUUCCGGAAGAGGUUCGUGUGGUUGAAACAGUAACCGAAGACGGCAAGCCCAAGAAAAAGAAGAUUCGCACACGUGUUAUCAAGAAGGUUAAGGGUGACAAACAAGAAGUCACCAAGAUUGAAACCAUCGAAGAGGAUGACAGGCCAACAGAGACAACUGUCACAGUGGAAGAGAUUCCUGUGGAAGAAGAACAGCCUGAAAACAUCCAGGAGCUUCCAGAAGAGGUUCGUGUUGUUGAAACAGUAACCGAAGACGGCAAGCCUAAGAAGAAGAAGAUACGCACUCGUGUUAUCAAGAAGGUUAAAGGUGACAAACAAGAAGUCACCAAGAUUGAAGCCAUCGAAGAGGAUGACAAACAACCCGAGACAACUGUCACAGUGGAAGAGAUUCCUGUGGAAGAAGAACAACCUGAACAAAUCCAGGAGCUUCCAGAAGAGGUUCGUGUUGUUGAAACUGUAACCGAAGACGGCAAGCCUAAGAAGAAGAAGAUACGCACGCGUGUUAUAAAGAAGGUUAAGGGUGACAAACAAGAAGUCACCAAGAUUGAAACCAUCGAAGAGGAUGACAAACAACCCGAGACAACUGUCACAGUGGAAGAGAUUCCUGUGGAAGAGGAGCAGCCUGAACAAAUCAGGGAGCUUCCGGAAGAGGUUCGGGUGGUCGAAAGAGUAACCGAAGACGGCAAGCCUAAGAAGAAGAAGAUACGCACACGUGUUAUCAAGAAGGUUAAGGGUGACAAACAAGAAAUCACCAAGAUUGAAACCAUCGAAGAGGAUGACAGGCCAACAGAGACAACUGUCACAGUGGAAGAGAUUCCUGUGGAAGAAGAACAGCCUGAAAAAAUCCAGGAGCUUCCGGAAGAGGUUCGUGUUGUUGAAACAGUAACCGAAGACGGCAAGCCCAAGAAGAAGAAGAUACGCACACGUGUUAUAAAGAAGGUUAAGGGUGACAAACAAGAAGUCACCAAGAUUGAAACCAUCGAAGAGGAUGACAAACAACCCGAGACAACUGUCACAGUGGAAGAGUUUCCUGUGGAAGAGGAGCAGCCUGAACAAAUCAGGGAGCUACCGGAAGAGGUUCGCGUGGUCGAAACAGUAACCGAAGACGGCAAGCCUAAGAAGAAGAAGAUACGCACACGUGUUAUCAAGAAGGUUAAGGGUGACAAACAAGAAGUCACCAAGAUUGAAACCAUCGAAGAGGAUGACAAACAACCCGAGACAACUGUCACAGUAGAAGAGAUUCCUGUGGAAGAAGAACAACCUGAACAAAUCCAGGAGCUUCCAGAAGAGGUUCGUGUUGUUGAAACAGUAACCGAAGACGGCAAGCCUAAGAAGAAGAAGAUACGCACACGUGUUAUUAAAAAGGUUAAGGGCGACAAACAAGAAGUCACCAAGAUUGAAACCAUUGAAGAAGAUGACAAGCAACCAGAGACAAUUGUCACAGUGGAAGAGAUUCCUGUGGAAGAAGAACAACCUGAACAAAUCCAGGAGCUUCCGGAAGAGGUUCGGGUGGUCGAAACAGUAACCGAAGACGGCAAGCCUAAGAAGAAGAAGAUACGCACUCGUGUUAUCAAGAAGGUUAAGGGUGACAAACAAGAAGUCACCAAGAUUGAAACCAUCGAAGAGGAUGACAAUCAACCCGAGACAACUGUCACAGUGGAAGAGAUUCCUGUGGAAGAAGAACAACCUGAACAUAUCCAGGAGCUUCCGGAAGAGGUUCGUGUGGUUGAAACAGUAACCGAAGACGGCAAGCCCAAGAAAAAGAAGAUUCGCACACGUGUUAUCAAGAAGGUUAAGGGUGACAAACAAGAAGUCACCAAGAUUGAAACCAUCGAAGAGGAUGACAGGCCAACAGAGACAACUGUCACAGUGGAUGAGAUUCCUGUGGAAGAAGAACAGCCUGAAAAAAUCCAGGAGCUUCCGGAAGAGGUUCGGGUGGUCGAAACAGUAACCGAAGACGGCAAGCCUAAGAAGAAGAAGAUACGCACACGUGUUAUCAAGAAGGUUAAGGGUGACAAACAAGAAGUCACCAAGAUUGAAACCAUCGAAGAGGAUGACAAACAACCAGAGACAACUGUCACAGUGGAAGAGAUUCCUGUGGAAGAAGAACAACCUGAACAAAUCCAGGAGCUUCCAGAAGAGGUUCGUGUUGUUGAAACAGUAACCGAAGACGGCAAGCCUAAGAAGAAGAAGAUACGCACACGUGUUAUUAAAAAGGUUAAGGGCGACAAACAAGAAGUCACCAAGAUUGAAACCAUUGAAGAAGAUGACAAGCAACCAGAGACAAUUGUCACAGUGGAAGAGAUUCCUGUGGAAGAAGAACAACCUGAACAAAUCCAGGAGCUUCCGGAAGAGGUUCGGGUGGUCGAAACAGUAACCGAAGACGGCAAGCCUAAGAAGAAGAAGAUACGCACUCGUGUUAUCAAGAAGGUUAAGGGUGACAAACAAGAAGUCACCAAGAUUGAAACCAUCGAAGAGGAUGACAAACAACCCGAGACAACUGUCACAGUGGAAGAGAUUCCUGUGGAAGAAGAACAACCUGAACAUAUCCAGGAGCUUCCGGAAGAGGUUCGUGUGGUUGAAACAGUAACCGAAGACGGCAAGCCCAAGAAAAAGAAGAUUCGCACACGUGUUAUCAAGAAGGUUAAGGGUGACAAACAAGAAGUCACCAAGAUUGAAACCAUCGAAGAGGAUGACAGGCCAACAGAGACAACUGUCACAGUGGAUGAGAUUCCUGUGGAAGAAGAACAGCCUGAAAAAAUCCAGGAGCUUCCGGAAGAGGUUCGGGUGGUCGAAACAGUAACCGAAGACGGCAAGCCUAAGAAGAAGAAGAUACGCACACGUGUUAUCAAGAAGGUUAAGGGUGACAAACAAGAAGUCACCAAGAUUGAAACCGUCGAAGAGGAUGACAAACAACCCGAGACAACUGUCACAGUGGAAGAGAUUCCUGUGGAAGAGGAGCAGCCUGAACAAAUCAGGGAGCUUCCGGAAGAGGUUCGGGUGGUCGAAAGAGUAACCGAAGACGGCAAGCCUAAAAAGAAGAAGAUACGCACACGUGUUAUCAAGAAGGUUAAGGGUGACAAACAAGAAAUCACCAAGAUUGAAACCAUCGAAGAGGAUGACAGGCCAACAGAGACAACUGUCACAGUGGAAGAGAUUCCUGUGGAAGAAGAACAGCCUGAAAAAAUCCAGGAGCUUCCGGAAGAGGUUCGUGUUGUUGAAACAGUAACCGAAGACGGCAAGCCCAAGAAGAAGAAGAUACGCACACGUGUUAUAAAGAAGGUUAAGGGUGACAAACAAGAAGUCACCAAGAUUGAAACCAUCGAAGAGGAUGACAAACAACCCGAGACAACUGUCACAGUGGAAGAGAUUCCUGUGGAAGAGGAGCAGCCUGAACAAAUCAGGGAGCUUCCGGAAGAGGUUCGCGUGGUCGAAACAGUAACCGAAGACGGCAAGCCUAAGAAGAAGAAGAUACGCACACGUGUUAUCAAGAUGGUUAAGGGUGACAAACAAGAAGUCACCAAGAUUGAAACCAUCGAAGAGGAUGACAAACAACCAGAGACAACUGUCACAGUGGAAGAGAUUCCUGUGGAAGAAGAACAACCUGAACAAAUCCAGGAGCUUCCAGAAGAGGUUCGUGUUGUUGAAACAGUAACCGAAGACGGCAAGCCUAAGAAGAAGAAGAUACGCACACGUAUUAUUAAGAAGGUUAAGGGCGACAAACAAGAAGUCACCAAGAUUGAAACCAUUGAAGAAGAUGACAAGCAACCAGAGACAACUGUCACAGUGGAUGAGAUUCCUGUGGAAGAAGAACAACCUGAACAAAUCCAGGAGCUUCCGGAAGAGGUUCGGGUGGUCGAAACAGUAACCGAAGACGGCAAGCCUAAGAAGAAGAAGAUACGCACACGUGUUAUCAAGAAGGUUAAGGGUGACAAACAAGAAGUCACCAAGAUUGAAACCAUCGAAGAGGAUGACAAACAACCCGAGACAUCUGUCACAGUGGAAGAGAUUCCUGUGGAAGAAGUACAACCUGAAAAAAUCCAGGAGCUUCCAGAAGAGGUUCGUGUUGUUGAAACAGUAACCGAAGACGGCAAGCCUAAGAAGAAGAAGAUACGCACUCGUGUUAUCAAGAAGGUUAAGGGUGACAAACAAGAAGUCACCAAGAUUGAAACCAUCGAAGAGGAUGACAAACAACCCGAGACAACUGUCACAGUGGAAGAGAUUCCUGUGGAAGAAGAACAACUUGAACAAAUCCAGGAGCUUCCAGAAGAGGUUCGUGUUGUUGAAACAGUAACCGAAGACGGCAAGCCUAAGAAGAAGAAGAUACGCACACGUGUUAUCAAGAAGGUUAAGGGCGACAAACAAGAAGUUACCAAGAUUGAAACCAUUGAAGAAGAUGACAAGCAACCAGAGACAACUGUUACAGUGGAAGAGAUUCCUGUGGAAGAAGAACAACCUGAACAAAUCCGGGAGCUUCCAGAAGAGGUUCGUGUGAUUGAAACAGUAACCGAAGACGGCAAGCCUAAAAAGAAGAAGAUACGCACACGUGUUAUCAAGAAGGUUAAGGGCGACAAACAAGAAGUCACCAAGAUUGAAACCAUUGAAGAAGAUGGCAAGCAACCAGAGACAACUGUCACGGUGAAAGAAAUUCCUGUGGAAGAAGAGCAGCCUGAACAAAUCCAGGAGCUUCCGGAAGAGGUUCGCGUGGUUGAAACAGUAACCGAAGACGGCAAGCCUAAAAAGAAGAAGAUACGCACACGUGUUAUCAAGAAGGUUAAGGGUGACAAACAAGAAGUCACCAAGAUUGAAACCAUCGAAGAGGAUGACAAACAACCCGAGACAACUGUCACAGUGGAAGAGAUUCCUGUGAAAGAAGAACAACCUGAACAAAUCCAGGAGCUUCCGGAAGAGGUUCGUGUGGUUGAAACAGUAACCGAAGACGGCAAGCCCAAGAAAAAGAAGAUUCGCACACGUGUUAUCAAGAAGGUUAAGGGUGACAAACAAGAAGUCACCAAGAUUGAAACCAUCGAAGAGGAUGACAAACAACCCGAGACAACUGUCACAGUGGAAGAGAUUCCUGUGGAAGAAGAACAACCUGAACAAAUCCAGGAGCUUCCGGAAGAGGUUCGUGUGGUGGAAAUAGUAACCGAAGACUGCAAGCACAAGAAAAAGAAGAUUCGCACACGUGUUAUCAAGAAGGUUAAGGGUGACAAACAAGAAGUCACCAAGAUUGAAACCAUCGAAGAGGAUGACAAACAACCCGAGACAACUGUCACAGUGGAAGAGAUUCCUGUGGAAGAAGAACAACUUGAACAAAUCCAGGAGCUUCCGGAAGAGGUUCGGGUGGUCGAAACAGUAAGCGAAGACGGCAAGCCUAAGAAGAAGAAGAUACGCACACGUGUUAUCAAGAAGGUUAAGGGUGACAAACAAGAAGUCACCAAGAUUGAAACCAUCGAAGAGGAUGACAAACAACCCGAGACAACUGUCACAGUGGAAGAGAUUCCUGUGGAAGAAGAACAACUUGAACAAAUCCAGGAGCUUCCAGAAGAGGUUCGUGUGAUUGAAACAGUAACCGAAGACGGCAAGCCUAAGAAGAAGAAGAUACGCACACGUGUUAUUAAGAAGGUUAAGGGCGACAAACAAGAAGUUACCAAGAUUGAAACCAUUGAAGAAGAUGACAAGCAACCAGAGACAACUGUUACAGUGGAAGAGAUUCCUGUGGAAGAAGAACAACCUGAACAAAUCCAGGAGCUUCCGGAAGAGGUUCGUGUGAUUGAAACAGUAACCGAAGACGGCAAGCCUAAGAAGAAAAAGAUACGCACACGUGUUAUCAAGAAGGUUAAGGGCGACAAACAAGAAGUCACCAAGAUUGAAACCAUUGAAGAAGAUGGCAAGCAACCAGAGACAACUGUCACGGUGAAAGAAAUUCCUGUGGAUGAAGAGCAGCCUGAACAAAUCCGGGAGCUUCCGGAAGAGGUUCGCGUGGUUGAAACAGUAACCGAAGACGGCAAGCCUAAAAAGAAGAAGAUACGCACACGUGUAAUCAAGAAGGUUAAGGGUGACAAACAAGAAGUCACCAAGAUUGAAACCAUUGAAGAGUAUGACAAGCAACCCGAGACAACUGUCACAGUGGAAGAGAUUCCUGUGGAAGAAGAACAACCUGAACAGAUCCAGGAGCUUCCAGAAGAGAUUCGUGUUGUUGAAACAGUAACCGAAGACGGCAAGCCUAAGAAGAAGAAGAUACGCACUCGUGUUAUCAAGAAGGUUAAAGGUGACAAACAAGAAGUCACCAAGAUUGAAACCAUCGAAGAGGAUGACAAACAACCCGAGACAACUGUCACAGUGGAAGAGAUUCCUGUGGAAGAAGAACAACUUGAACAAAUCCAGGAGCUUCCAGAAGAGGUUCGUGUUGUUGAAACAGUAACCGAAGACGGCAAGCCUAAGAAGAAGAAGAUACGCACUCGUGUUAUCAAGAAGGUUAAAGGUGACAAACAAGAAGUCACCAAGAUUGAAACCAUCGAAGAGGAUGACAAACAACCCGAGACAACUGUCACAGUGGAAGAGAUUCCUGUGGAAGAAGAACAACUUGAACAAAUCCAGGAGCUUCCAGAAGAGGUUCGUGUUGUUGAAACAGUAACCGAAGACGGCAAGCCUAAGAAGAAGAAGAUACGCACACGUGUUAUCAAGAAGGUUAAGGGCGACAAACAAGAAGUUACCAAGAUUGAAACCAUUGAAGAAGAUGACAAGCAACCAGAGACAACUGUUACAGUGGAAGAGAUUCCUGUGGAAGAAGAACAACCUGAACAAAUCCGGGAGCUUCCGGAAGAGGUUCGUGUGAUUGAAACAGUAACCGAAGACGGCAAGCCUAAAAAGAAGAAGAUACGCACACGUGUUAUCAAGAAGGUUAAGGGCGACAAACAAGAAGUCACCAAGAUUCAAACCAUUGAAGAAGAUGGCAAGCAACCAGAGACAACUGUCACGGUGAAAGAAAUUCCUGUGGAAGAAGAGCAGCCUGAACAAAUCCGGGAGCUUCCGGAAGAGGUUCGCGUGGUUGAAACAGUAACCGAAGACGGCAAGCCUAAAAAGAAGAAGAUACGCACACGUGUUAUCAAGAAGGUUAAGGGUGACAAACAAGAAGUCACCAAGAUUGAAACCAUCGAAGAGGAUGACAAACAACCCGAGACAACUGUCACAGUGGAAGAGAUUCCUGUGAAAGAAGAACAACCUGAACAGAUCCAGGAGCUUCCAGAAGAGAUUCGUGUUGUUGAAACAGUAACCGAAGACGGCAAGCCUAAGAAGAAGAAGAUACGCACUCGUGUUAUCAAGAAGGUUAAAGGUGACAAACAAGAAGUCACCAAGAUUGAAACCAUCGAAGAGGAUGACAAACAACCCGAAACAACUGUCACAGUGGAAGAGAUUCCUGUGGAAGAAGAACAACCUGAACAAAUCCAGGAGCUUCCGGAAGAGGUUCGGGUGGUCGAAACAGUAACCGAAGACGGCAAGCCUAAGAAGAAGAAGAUACGCACACGUGUUAUUAAGAAGGUUAAGGGUGACAAACAAGAAGUCACCAAGAUUGAAACCAUCGAAGAGGAUGACAAACAACCCGAAACAACUGUCACAGUGGAAGAGAUUCCUGUGGAAGAAGAACAACCUGAACAAAUCCAGGAGCUUCCGGAAGAGGUUCGGGUGGUCGAAACAGUAACCGAAGACGGCAAGCCUAAGAAGAAGAAGAUACGCACACGUGUUAUUAAGAAGGUUAAGGGUGACAAACAAGAAGUCACCAAGAUUGAAACCAUCGAAGAGGAUGACAAACAACCCGAGACAACUGUCACAGUGGAAGAGAUUCCUGUGGAAGAAGAACAACCUGAACAAAUCCAGGAGCUUCCAGAAGAGGUUCGUGUUGUUGAAACAGUAACCGAAGACGGCAAGCCUAGGAAGAAGAAGAUACGCACACGUGUUAUCAAGAAGGUUAAGGGUGACAAACAAGAAGUCACCAAGAUUGAAACCAUCGAAGAGGAUGACAAACAACCCGAGACAACUGUCACAGUGAAAGAGAUUCCUGUGGAAGAAGAACAACCUGAACAAAUCCAGGAGCUUCCAGAAGAAUUUUGUGUUGUUGAAACAGUAACCGAAGACGGCAAGCCUAAGAAGAAGAAGAUACGCACACGUGUUAUUAAGAAGGUUAAGGGCGACAAACAAGAAGUUACCAAGAUUGAAACCAUUGAAGAAGAUGACAAGCAACCAGAGACAACUGUUACAGUGGAAGAGAUUCCUGUGGAAGAAGAACAACCUGAACAAAUCCAGGAGCUUCCGGAAGAGGUUCGUGUGAUAGAAACAGUAACCGAAGACGGCAAGCCUAAAAAGAAGAAGAUACGCACACGUGUUAUCAAGAAGGUUAAGGGUGAUAAACAAGAAGUCACCAAGAUUGAAACCAUUGAAGAAGAUGACAAACAACCCGAGACAACUGUCACAGUGGAAGAGAUUCCUGUGGAAGAAGAACAACCUGAACAAAUCCAGGAGUUUCCAGAAGAGGUUCGUGUUGUUGAAACAAUAACCGAAGACGGCAAGCCUAGGAAGAAGCAGAUACGCACACGUGUUAUUAAGAAGGUUAAGGGCGAGAAACAUGAAGUCACCAAGAUUGAAACCAUUGAAGAAGAUGACAAACAACCAGAGACAACUGUCACAGUGGAAGAGAUUCCUGUGAAAGAAGAACAACCUGAACAAAUCCAGGAGCUUCCGGAAGAGGUUCGUGUGAUUGAAACAGUAACCGAAGACGGCAAGCCUAAAAAGAAGAAGAUACGCACUCGUGUUAUCAAGAAGGUUAAGGGCGACAAACAAGAAGUCACCAAGAUUGAAACCAUUGAAGAAGAUGACAAACAACCCGAGACAACUGUCACAGUGGAAGAGAUUCCUGUGGAAGAAGAACAACCUGAACAAAUCCAGGAGCUUCCAGAAGAGGUUCGUGUUGUUGAAACAGUAACCGAAGACGGCAAGCCUAGGAAGAAGAAGAUACGCACACGUGUUAUUAAGAAGGUUAAGGGCGAGAAACAAGAAGUCACCAAGAUUGAAACCAUUGAAGAAGAUGACAAACAACCCGAGACAACUGUCACAGUGGAAGAGAUUCCUGUGAAAGAAGAACAACCUGAACAAAUCCAGGAGCUUCCGGAAGAGGUUCGUGUGGUUGAAACAGUAACUGAAGACGGCAAGCCUAGGAAGAAGAAGAUACGCACACGUGUUAUUAAGAAGGUUAAAGGCGAGAAACAAGAAGUCACCAAGAUUGAAACCAUCGAAGAGGAUGACAAGCAACCAGAGUCAACUGUCACAGUGGAAGAGAUUCCUGUGGAAGAAGAACAACUUGAACAAAUCCAGGAGCUUCCGGAAGAGGUUCGGGUGGUCGAAACAGUAACCGAAGACGGCAAGCCUAAGAAGAAGAAGAUACGCACACGUGUUAUCAAGAAGGUUAAGGGUAACAAACAAGAAGUCACCAAGAUUGAAACCAUCGAAGAGGAUGACAAACAACCCGAGACAACUGUCACAGUGAAAGAGAUUCCUGUGGGACAAGAACAACCUGAACAAAUCCAGGAGCUUCCAGAAGAGGUUCGUGUUGUUGAAACAGUAACCGAAGACGGCAAGCCUAAGAAGAAGAAGAUACGCACACGUGUUAUUAAGAAGGUUAAGGGCGACAAACAAGAAGUUACCAAGAUUGAAACCAUUGAAGAAGAUGACAAGCAACCAGAGACGACUGUUACAGUGGAAGAGAUUCCUAUGGAAGAAGAACAACCUGAACAAAUCCAGGAGCUUCCGGAAGAGGUUCGUGUGAUUGAAACAGUAACCGAAGACGGCAAGCCUAAAAAGAAGAAGAUACGCACACGUGUUAUCAAGAAGGUUAAGGGCGACAAACAAGAAGUCACCAAGAUUGAAACCAUUGAAGAGGAUGGCAAGCAACCAGAGACAACUGUCACGGUGAAAGAAAUUCCUGUGGAAGAAGAGCAGCCUGAACAAAUCCGGGAGCUUCCGGAAGAGGUUCGCGUGGUUGAAACAGUAACCGAAGACGGCAAGCCUAAAAAGAAGAAGAUACACACACGUGUUAUUAAGAAGGUUAAGGGUGACAAACAAGAAGUCACCAAGAUUGAAACCAUCGAAGAAGAUGACAAACAACCCGAGACAACUGUCACAGUGGAAGAGAUUCCUGUGGAAGAAGAACAACCUGAACAGAUCCAGGAGCUUCCAGAAGAGGUUCGUGUUGUUGAAACAGUAACCGAAGACGGCAAGCCUAAGAAGAAGAAGAUACGCACUCGUGUUAUCAAGAAGGUUAAAGGUGACAAACAAGAAGUCACCAAGAUUGAAACCAUCGAAGAGGAUGACAAACAACCCGAGACAACUGUCACAGUGGAAGAGAUUCCUGUGAAAGAAGAACAACCUGAACAAAUCCAGGAGCUUCCAGAAGAGGUUCGUGUUGUUGAAACAGUAACCGAAGACGGCAAGCCUAGGAAGAAGAAGAUACGCACACGUGUUAUUAAGAAGGUUAAAGGCGAGAAACAAGAAGUCACCAAGAUUGAAACCAUUGAAGAAGAUGACAAGCAACCCGAGACAACUGUCACAGUGGAAGAGAUUCCUGUGAAAGAAGAACAACCUGAACAAAUCCAGGAGCUUCCGGAAGAGGUUCGUGUGAUGGAAACAGUAACCGAAGACGGCAAGCCUAAAAAGAAGAAGAUACGCACACGUGUUAUCAAGAAGGUUAAGGGUGACAAACAAGAAGUCACCAAGAUUGAAACCAUCGAAGAGGAUGACAAACAACCCGAGACAACUGUCACAGUGGAAGAGAUUCCUGUGGAAGAAGAACAACCUGAACAAAUCCAGGAGCUUCCAGAAGAGGUUCGUGUUGUUGAAACAGUAACCGAAGACGGCAAGCCUAGGAAGAAGAAGAUACGCACACGUGUUAUUAAGAAGGUUAAAGGCGAGAAACAAGAAGUCACCAAGAUUGAAACCAUUGAAGAAGAUGACAAGCAACCAGAGACAACUGUCACAGUGGAAGAGAUUCCUGUGGAAGAAGAACAACCUGAACAAAUCCAGGAGCUUCCAGAAGAGGUUCGUGUUGUUGAAACAGUAACCGAAGACGGCAAGCCUAGGAAGAAGAAGAUACGCACACGUGUUAUUAAGAAGGUUAAAGGCGAGAAACAAGAAGUCACCAAGAUUGAAACCAUCGAAGAGGAUGACAAGCAACCAGAGUCAACUGUCACAGUUGAAGAGAUUCCUAUGGAAGAAGUACAUCCUAAACACAUCCAGGAGCUUCCAGAAGAGGUUCGUGUGCUUGAAACAGUAACCGAAGACGGCAAGCCUAAGAAGAAAAAGAUACGCACACGUGUUAUCAAGAAGGUUAAGGGCGACAAACAAGAAGUCACCAAGAUUGAAACCAUCGAAGAAGAUGGCAAGCAACCAGAGACAACUGUCACGGUGGAAGAAAUUCCUGUGGAAAAGGAGCAGUCUGAAGUAAUCCAGGAGCUUCCAGAGGAGGUUCGUGUGGUUGAAACAGUAACCGAGGAUGGCAAGCCUAAGAAGAAGAAGAUACGCACACGUGUUAUCAAGAAGGUUAAGGGUGAUAAACAAGAAGUCACCAAGAUUGAAACCAUUGAAGAAGAUGACAAACAACCAGAGACAACUGUCACAGUGGAAGAGAUUCCUGUGGAAGAAGAACAACCUGAGCAAAUACAGGAGCUUCCAGAAGAGGUUCGUGUGGUUGAAACAGUAUCCGAAGACGGCAAGCCUAAGAAGAAGAAGAUACGCACACGUGUUAUCAAGAAGGUUAAGGGUGAUAAACAAGAAGUCACCAAGAUUGAAACCAUUGAAGAAGAUGACAAACAACCAGAGACAACUGUCACAGUGGAAGAGAUUCCUGUGGAAGAAGAACAACCUGAGCAAAUACAGGAGCUUCCAGAAGAGGUUCGUGUGGUUGAAACAGUAUCCGAAGACGGCAAGCCUAAGAAGAAGAAGAUACGCACACGUGUUAUCAAGAAGGUUAAGGGCGACAAACAGGAAGUCACCAAGAUUGAAACCAUCGAAGAAGAUGGCAAGCAACCAGAGACAACUGUCACGGUGGAAGAAAUUCCUGUGGAAGAGGAGCAGUCUGAAGUAAUCCAGGAGCUUCCAGAGGAGGUUCGUGUGGUUGAAACAGUAACCGAGGAUGGCAAGCCUAAGAAGAAGAAGAUACGUACACGUGUUAUCAAGAAGGUUAAGGGUGAUAAACAAGAAGUCACCAAGAUUGUAACCAUUGAAGAAGAUGACAAACAACCAGAGACAACUGUCACAGUGGAAGAGAUUCCUGUGGAAGAAGAACAACCUGACCAAAUACAGGAGCUUCCAGAAGAGGUUCGUGUGAUUGAAACAGUAACCGAAGACGGCAAGCCUAAGAAGAAAAAGAUACGCACACGUGUUAUCAAGAAGGUUAAGGGCGACAAACAAGAAGUCACCAAGAUUGAAACCAUCGAAGAAGAUGGCAAGCAACCAGAGACAACUGUCACGGUGGAAGAAAUUCCUGUGGAAGAGGAGCAGUCUGAAGUAAUCCAGGAGCUUCCAGAGGAGGUUCGUGUGGUUGAAACAGUAACCGAGGAUGGCAAGCCUAAGAAGAAGAAGAUACGCACACGUGUUAUCAAGAAGGUUAAGGGUGACAAACAAGAAAUAACCAAGAUUGAAACCAUCGAAGAGGAUGACAAACAACCAGAGACAACUGUCACAGUGGAAGAGAUUCCUAUGGAAGAAGAACAACCUGAACAAAUCCAGGAGCUUCCGGAAGAGGUUCGUGUGGUUGAAACAGUAACCGAGGAUGGCAAGCCUAAAAAGAAGAAGAUACGCACACGUGUUAUCAAGAAGGUUAAGGGUGACAAACAAGAAGUCACCAAGAUUGAAACCAUCGAAGAGGAUGACAAGCAACCAGAGUCAACUGUCACAGUUGAAGAGAUUCCUAUGGAAGAAGUACAUCCUAAACACAUCCAGGAGCUUCCAGAAGAGGUUCGUGUGAUUGAAACAGUAACCGAAGACGGCAAGCCUAAGAAGAAAAAGAUACGCACACGUGUUAUCAAGAAGGUUAAGGGCGACAAACAAGAAGUCACCAAGAUUGAAACCAUCGAAGAAGAUGGCAAGCAACCAGAGACAACUGUCACGGUGGAAGAAAUUCCUGUGGAAGAGGAGAAUUCUGAAGUAAUCCAGGAGCUUCCAGAGGAGGUUCGUGUGGUUGAAACAGUAACCGAGGAUGGCAAGCCUAAGAAGAAGAAGAUACGCACACGUGUUAUCAAGAAGGUUAAGGGUGAUAAACAAGAAGUCACCAAGAUUGAAACCAUUGAAGAAGAUGACAAACAACCCGAGACAACUGUCACAGUGGAAGAGAUUCCUGUGGAAGAAGAACAACCUGAACAAAUCCAGGAGCUUCCAGAAGAGGUUCGUGUCGUUGAAACAGUAUCCGAAGACGGCAAGCCUAAGAAGAAGAAGAUACGCACACGUGUUAUCAAGAAGGUUAAGGGUGAUAAACAAGAAGUCACCAAGAUUGAAACCAUUGAAGAAGAUGACAAACAACCAGAGACAACUGUCACAGUGGAAGAGAUUCCUGUGGAAGAAGAACAACCUGAGCAAAUACAGGAGCUUCCAGAAGAGGUUCUUGUUGUUGAAACAGUAACCGAAGACGGCAAGCCUAGGAAGAAGAAGAUACGCACACGUGUUAUCAAGAAGGUUAAGGGUGAUAAACAAGAAGUCACCAAGAAUGAAACCAUUGAAGAAGAUGACAAACAACCAGAGACAACUGUCACAGUGGAAGAGAUUCCUGUGGAAGAAGAACAACCUGAGCAAAUACAGGAGCUUCCAGAAGAGGUUCGUGUGAUUGAAACAGUAACCGAAGACGGCAAGCCUGAGAAGAAAAAGAUACGCACACGUGUUAUCAAGAAGGUUAAGGGCGACAAACAAGAAGUCACCAAGAUUGAAACCAUCGAAGAAGAUGGCAAGCAACCAGAGACAACUGUCACGGUGGAAGAAAUUCCUGUGGAAGAGGAGCAGUCUGAAGUAAUCCAGGAGCUUCCAGAGGAGGUUCGUGUGGUUGAAACAGUAACCGAGGAUGGCAAGCCUAAAAAGAAGAAGAUACGCACACGUGUUAUCAAGAAGGUUAAGGGUGACAAACAAGAAGUAACCAAGAUUGAAACCAUCGAAGAGGAUGACAAACAACCAGAGACAACUGUCACAGUGGAAGAGAUUCCUAUGGAAGAAGAACAACCUGAACAAAUCCAGGAGCUUCCGGAAGAGGUUCGUGUGGUUGAAACAGUAACCGAGGAUGGCAAGCCUAAAAAGAAGAAGAUACGCACACGUGUUUUCAAGAAGGUUAAGGGCGACAAACAAGAAGUCACCAAGAUUGAAACCAUCGAAGAGGAUGACAAGCAGCCCGAGACAACUGUCACUGUGGAAGAGAUUCCUAUGGAGGAAGAAUAUCCUGAACAAAUCCAGGAGCUUCCAGAAGAGGUUCGUGUUGUUGAAACAGUAACCGAAGACGGCAAGCCUAAGAAGAAGAAGAUACGCACACGUGUUUUCAAGAAGGUUAAGGGCGACAAACAAGAAGUCACCAAGAUUGAAACCAUCGAAGAAGAUAACAAGCAACCAGUGACAACUGUCACAGUGGAAGAGAUUCCUGUGGAAGAAGAACAACCUGAACAAAUCCAGGAGCUUCCGGAGGAGGUUCGUGUGGUUGAAACAGUAACCGAAGACGGCAAGCCUAAGAAGAAGAAGAUACACACACGUGUUAUCAAGAAGGUUAAGGGUGACAAACAAGAAGUCACCAAGAUUGAAACCAUCGAAGAAGAUGACAAACAACCCGAGACAACUGUCACAGUGGAAGAGUUUCCUGUGGAAGAAGAACAGCCUGAAAAAGUCCAGGAGCUUCCGGAAGAGGUUCGGGUGGUCGAAACAGUAACCGAAGACGGCAAGCCUAAGAAGAAGAAGAUACGCACACGUGUUAUUAAGAAGGUUAAGGGUGACAAACAAGAAGUAACCAAGAUUGAAACCAUCGAAGAGGAUGACAAGCAGCCCGAGACAACUGUCACAGUGGAAGAGAUUCCUAUGGAGGAAGAACAUCCUGAACAAAUCCAGGAGCUUCCGGAAGAGGUUCGUGUUGUUGAAACAGUAACCGAAAACGGCAAGCCUAAGAAGAAGAAGAUACGCACACGUGUUAUCAAGAAGGUUAAGGGUGACAAACAAGAAGUCACCAAGAUUGAAACAAUCGAAGAGGAUGACAAACAACCCAAAACAACUGUCACAGUGGAAGAGAUUCCUGUGGAAGAAGAACAACCUGAACAACUCCAGGAGCUUCCGGAGGAGGUUCGUGUGGUUGAAACAGUAACCGAAGACGGUAAGCCUAAGAAGAAGACGAUACGCACACGCGUUAUUAAGAAGGUUAAGGGCGACAAACAAGAAGUCACCAAGAUUGAAACCAUCGAAGAGGAUGACAAGCAGCCCGAGACAACUGUCACAGUGGAAGAGAUUCCUAUGGAGGAAGAAUAUCCUGAACAAAUCCAGGAGCUUCCGGAAGAGGUUCGUGUGGUUGAAACAGUAACCGAAGACGGCAAGCCUAAGAUGAAGAAGAUACGCACACGUGUUAUCAAGAAGGUUAAGGGUGACAAACAAGAAGUCACCAAGAUUGAAACAAUCGAAGAGGAUGACAAAAAACCCGAGACAACUGUCACAGUGCAAGAGAUUCCUGUGGAAGAAGAACAACCUGAACAAAUCCAGGAGCUUCCAGAAGAGGUUCGUGUUGUUGAAACAGUAACCGAAGACGGCAAGCCUAGGAAGAAGAAGAUACGCACACGUGUUAUUAAGAAGGUUAAAGGCGAGAAACAAGAAGUCACCAAGAUUGAAACCAUCGAAGAGGAUGACAAACAACCCAAAACAACUGUCACAGUGGAAGAGAUUCCUGUGGAAGAAGAACAACCUGAACAAGUCCAGGAGCUUCCGGAAGAGGUUCGUGUGGUUGAAACAGUAACCGAAGACGGCAAGCCUAAGAAGAAGAAGAUUCGCACACGUGUUAUCAAGAAGGUUAAGGGUGACAAACAAGAAGUCACCAAGAUUGAAACAAUCGAAGAGGAUGACAAGCAGCCCGAGACCACUGUCACAGUGCAAGAAAUUCCCAUGGAGGAAAAACAACCUGAACAAAUCCGGGAGCUUCCGGAAGAGGUUCGUGUUGUUGAAACAGUAACCGAAGACGGCAAGCCUAAGAAGAAGAAGAUACGCACACGUGUUAUCAAGAAGCUUAUGGGUGACAAACAAGAAGUAACCAAGAUUGAAACCAUCGAAGAGGAUGACAAGCAGCCCGAGACAACUGUCACAGUGCAAGAGAUUCCUGUGGAAGAAGAACAACCUGAACAAAUCCAGGAGCUUCCGGAAGAGGUUCGUGUGGUUGAAACAGUAACCGAAAACGGCAAGCCUAAGAAGAAGAAGAUACGUACACGUGUUAUCAAGAAGGUUAAGGGUGACAAACAAGAAGUCACCAAGAUUGAAACCAUCGAAGAGGAUGACAAGCAGCCCGAGACGACUGUCACAGUUGAAGAGAUUCCUAUGGAGGAAGAACAUCCUGAACAAAUCCAGGAGCUUCCGGAAGAGGUUCGUAUUGUUGAAACAAUAACAGAAGAUGGCAAGCCUAAAAAGAAGAAGAUACGCACACGUGUUAUCAAGAAGGUUAAGGGUGACAAGCAAGAAGUCACCAAGAUUGAAACCAUCGAAGAAGAUGACAAGCAGCCACAGACAACUGUCACAGUGGAAGAGAUUCCCAUGGAAGAAAAACAACCUGAACAAAUCCAGGAGCUUCCGGAAGAGGUUCGUGUGGUUGAAACAGUAACCGAAGACGGCAAGCCUUCGAAGAAGAAGAUACGCACACGUGUUAUCAAGAAGGUUAAGGGUGACAAACAAGAAGUCACCAAGAUUGAAACCAUCGAAGAGGAUGACAAGCAACCCGAGACAACUGUCACAGUUGAAGAGAUUCCUAUGGAGGAAGAAUAUCCUGAACAAAUCCAGGAGCUUCCGGAAGAGGUUCGGGUUGUUGAAACAAUAACCGAAGACGGCAAGCCUUCGAAGAAGAAGAUACGCACACGUGUUAUCAAGAAGGUUAAGGGCGACAAGCAAGAAGUCACCAAGAUUGAAACCAUCGAGGAAGAUGAAAAGCAGCCCGAGACAACUGUCACGGUGGAAGAGAUUCCUGUGGAAGAGGAGCAGCCUGAACAAAUCCAGGAGCUUCCGGAAGAGGUGCGAGUAGUUGAAACAAUAACCGAAGACGGCAAGCCUAAGAAGAAGAAGAUACGCACACGGGUCAUUAAGAAGGCUAAGGGCGAUAAACAGGAAAUCACUAAAAUUGAAACGGUUGAAGAAGAAGAUAAAAAGCCUGAAACAACAAUAACAAUAGAAGAAGCCAAAAGUCCAUUUGGGGAAAAAAUAAGUUUAAAGAAAAGAAUUGUUGUUCCUAAGCCUGAUGAUGAUGUUACUGUUGUUGAAUUACCGGAAAGAAAAUCAGUAAUUCUUUCUGAAAAAUAUGAUGGUACUCCAAUCAAGACGGUUAUUAAAACUAAAAUUAUAAAAAAAGUUCAAGGGUCGAACAUGGAAGUUACCAAAGUUCAAACUGUCGAUGAAUAUGAAAAACCAAUUCAGACAAAGGUUACAGUUGAGAAUUACCAAGCUCCUUUUCCAGAUCUUCCGGAAGAAAAGUUCACAGAAGUUGUUGUUUUACCAGAGAUAGUCGUUAAUGAGGAAGUUGUUGAUGCAGAUGGCUUACAAAAAGUUAUAAAAUCUAAAAAGCGGGUCAUAAAGAAACCCAAAGACGAAUUUAAGGAAGAAGUAACGGAAAUUGAUAUUACUGAACAAGAUUCAGGAGAGCCCAUUUAUAAAAUAACUGUCAAUGAACUUCCAUUUACGGAGCCUACUCAAACUGAUAAUAAGUCAGUUGAGUUACCAGAACAAGUAACUGAGCUAGAAGUCGUUUCUCCCGAUGGAACAAAGAAGAAGAAAAUUGUUAAGACAAGAACAUUUAAAACAAAAAUUGAUGACAAUCAUGAUGAAGUCACUACAGUUAAUACUGUUGAAGAGGAAAAUAUGAAACCAAUAACUAGUGUGCAUGUUGAAAUUGUCCCAGUCGAUGAAACUUCUACAUUGCCCAUUCCUAUUGAGGAGUUGCCAGAAGAAAUUGUUUAUACUGAGGAAAUUGCAGAUAAUAAGAAGCCAAGAAAAAAGAAAACCAAAACUCGAACAUUCAAAAAACAAGGUCUUGAGGAUGAAGAAUAUUACCAAAUACAAACUAUUGAAGAAGAAGGCAAAGAGCCUUAUUCACUUAUACGCGUUGUUAGUGAUGAAAGCAUUGCCGACAUUAUUGAUAUUAGUAAACUCGAUGAUGAACAACUUCCUAAACACAAAAAACCAAAGCCACACAAACAGAGGGCGGAGAAACAACAACCCGAACACACUGAAACGGAACACCCAGUUUACAUAACUACAUUCAAAUCUGUACAAAGUGAAGAUGGCGAAACCCAAAUUCAAACUGAAAUUAAAAGAGUUUGUCAAGAGGAAGGCAUCGUUGUUGAGGAAAUGCUAAGUGACACUGAACCCGUUACGGAAGACACUACACAAUCAAAUAUUGAAAUUGUCGAAGUCAGCGAGCCUACAGACCAAUACAACAAAGAGUACACUAUCACAGAACCCGAAGAUGCAAGUGCAAAUAACACCGUACAUACACAGACAAAAGUUAAAAAGCCCAAACAGAAAAAGACACAACCACAUCAAUUUGAACAGAUUGACGAGACUGGGGAAGUUGAGGGGGGUGCAGGGGAACCUGCUUAUAAAAUUGUUGAAAGUAUAUCAGAUGACGUUCAGGUUGAGAAAAGUACGGAGGAGAAACCAGGGCCUGGACCAGCUGAGAAAAAAGAGAAACCAAAGAAGAAGAAGGUGAUAAAGCCGAAAAGGGAUGAGAUGGAUGAUUAUAUACAGUUCCUGAUACACCAGGAAAUACCGAAAACGGUGUUACAGCCGUAUGUACGAACUGAAAUGGAACAUCCACAAAGGGCUCGCCGUGACUCGUCUAUAAAACCAAUGAAGUUAACUCCUAUAAAAAUUGAGAAAAUUGAGGUUAAGAAACCCAAAAUGAUUGAAAUAAGCUCAGUGGUUGAAUUUCCGCAAAUGCUCAAGCUCAAAACUCCGAAACAACGUCCACAGGAAGAAAAGAAAAGAAGAUCUAGCGAAGCCUCAUUUAAAAAUAAAAAACUUAAGAGUUGGAUAAGGUUUAUACCUUACGCACCAUAUUGCUUUCCUUAUACGGUUAUUGAUAUAGAAACUAAGCGAGAUAAUGGUGAGCUUUCUCGAAAUAUAGAAGAAGCAGAGGAAGUAUUGAAGAAGCGUCCAAAGAAAUUCAAGCAUACUAAGCCUGUUAAAGCUGAUCUCGAAGAAUUGGAUUUGGAAACAUUUGAAGAUGCGAGCAAGCCGUUAGAUGAAACUAAGGACAAACCAAAGUAUAAACGAGGUAAAAAGGACAAACAUGAAAACGAAGAGGAACAUAGAAAAUUGAAGAUUGGUAAGGGUAAACUUCCAGAAAAUGUUGAUUCCCAAGAAACAGUUGAAUUGAAGCCAGUAACUUUGGAUGAUAAGCCUCAAGUUGUAGCUGAAACACCAAAGGACAAAACUAAAGAAAAGAAAACGAUAAAGAAGGUAAGGAAAUCGAGUGACACCGAUGAUAAACUUGGUUUCGAGCCCCUUUUGAGUGAUGACGACACUGCAGAAAAAGAAAGCAACCCGUUCUUCAAAUUUGAGGUCAUUGAAUUAGAGCCCAAGGAAAUGCUAGAGGAAUUAAGUGAUGCUAACCUGCCUGAAAAAGAACCCAAGAAGAAACGUAAAUUAAAGCUUAAAACAGAAUUAGAAGAAAAUCUUGUUGAGAUAGUUGAAAUUUCUCCACUUGACAGCAAUGAUAAGCAGUAUGAAGUUACCGUAACUAGUUCAGAGACUAAUGAGUAUCAGCCAAAGGAAAAGAAGAUAAUCAAAAAAAAAGUUAAGCGUAUGAAUAAAAAGGAGUUGGAUGACUUUAUCACAGAGCUUAAGGAUGAGCCUGAUCAAGCAUUCUAUGAAACCGCCAUGACUGAUUUCUUCGAAGUGAAGUUGAUUGAACUGGAACCUGAAGAGAUUCCUGAUGAUAAUGUAUCUCAAAAAACUAAAAAGCGUAGAAUUUUGCAUAAGCGUGGAGAAACAGAAGAGGUUUUAGAAAUUGUUGAAACUGUUCCUUCAUCCGGCGAGGAGCCAUUCUAUGAAAUAUCAAUCAAAUCAACUGAACCAGAAGAGGAAACUGAUACUCAAAAGCCAAUUGAAAGGCCAAAACCAAGAACUAAGAAAAUGAAAAAGGUUGAUCUAGAUGCGUAUAUACAGCAGCUGAUAAAUGCCGAGAUUCCAAUAACUGAACUUGAGAAGUAUGAAAAAACUGAAAUAGAUUCCAAGCCGAAGAAACCAAAGAAGCAUAAGAUCAAACAACCUAAGGCCCAUAUCGAUGAAGGUGAAGCUUUUGAAGUGGGUAUCGUACAGGAAGAACCAAUUAAGAAACCAAAGGUCAAGAAACCCAAGCCUCAACCAAAACUUGAAGAUGAAUCAGUAACUGAACCUGAAAGUGUUACUGAGCACAAAGAGUUUACAAUUAGCAUGAUUGACUCACAGCCCAUUCCAGAGAAAAUUGUGGAAGAGAUAGUUAAGGCAGCUGCCCUUGACCUAGACGAAAUUAUAUCAAACAUCGGUGAAUCCCUCCCUAUCAUAGAAUUGGAGAAACUUACCGAGACCGUCCCUCAACCUACUGAAGAAGUUGAAAGCUCGGAAAUCAAAAUAAUUAAAAAACGCAAAGUGAAAACUAGAAAGGGUUCCAAGCAGUAUGAAGUACAAAUCGUGGAAACUAUAGCACCGGACGAUGAUCAUGCAGAAGCAAAGGUUGUUGUUAUAACAACUGAAAUCGUUAAAGACAAUACUGAUGUACCAAUCGAAGAGCAAGCAGAAACUCCAAAGAAAACUAUAAGAAAGGUGAAAAAAGAUAAGCUCAAAGAAUAUAUAGUCAGCAUUAUUGAUGAGGCCUCAACAGAACUUUUAGCCAAAAUUUCUGAGGACGUGUCCCCUGUGGCAGAAGUGGAACCUUUAGAAGAUAAAGAUAUCACAAGUUUUAAAACUACAGUAGUUGACGAUGUUACCGAAGAUAAUGUUAAGCCAGAAGAGGAAUCGGUUGACAGUCCAACAGGCAAGCCAAAGGAUAAAAAGAAGAAAGCAGCUAAAUCGAAAAAGGUUACAGUAAUUGAAGAGCAGCCAGUUCAGGGUAAAGACAGCACUGAGGGAGAAGAAUAUCCUAGUAAGGAUGUGGAAACAUCAAAAUCAUCGUCGCACGAUGAAUAUUCAGUUGAGAUAACAGAAGUAGCGCCAAAGUCUAAGAAAAAGGUGCCGAAGAAUAAACUUGAGCAGCCCAUGCCUGUCCCGAUAUCGGAACACAAAGUUCGUCUUGAGGAACUCGCACCUGAAACAACAACCGAACAAGUUACUAACGAACAAGGAGAAGAGGUUGAAAGGGUUACAACUAAGCGAAGACUUAAAAAGAAGGAAGGUCCAAAGGAAUAUCUAAUUGAAGUUGUCGAAACAUACGAAGAAAAUAAGCCCGAGGCAGAAUUGGUUAUUCAGACUAUAGAAAUAACACCAGAAUCAGACUCUCAAGCACCUGAAGAUCACAAAAUUAAAAUUGUGAAAAAGAAAAAACCCAAAGAGGAAAAAAUUGACACUUAUAUUCAACAGUUAAUUGAAGAAGAAGUUCCGAAAACAGAGCUUGAUGUCUACGAAACAACCGAAUUGGAAUCAACCCCGGAGUCAAAGAAACCGAAGAAGAUAAAGAAACACCAUAAGAAAACCACCGAAAUAGUUGAUGGUAUUCCACAUACUGUACAUGAAUUUACCAUUCAAGAGUUCGAGCCAGAUGCAGAGCUAGUGCCCGAAACCAUCACAGAAAUUGAGGAUGAUAUAACCCCGAAAACACAGAUAGAGGAUUACGAAAUAGAGGUAUCAGAUGAACAGCCUAAACGUAAGCCGAAGAAAGAUAAGAAAUCAAAGGUGGUGGUGGUCGACCAAGAACCAGUCCAUAUUGAAGACAUUGGGGAAACUGUAGAAGUUACUAAGUUAGUUGAAGACGAUGGCACAACAAAAGAAGUUCAAGUAAAGAAGCGUAAGAUCGUUCGCAAGCAAGGUCCAAAGGAACAUGUUUUUGAAAUAACAGAGACAUCAAAUAAUGAUGAGCCUUUGGCCGAAGUUACCAUAAUUGAUAUUACAGAAGAUGAAAGGCCGACUGAUACAGUUGAACCACUUACGAAACGGAAGGCACCAAUCAAAAUGCCAAAGAAACUUAACCGCGAAGACGUGGACAGCUAUGUAAUUAAUGUAGUGGAAGAUUUUACAGAGCCAAUAGAAAAGAUUACACCAAUUCCUUCUCAGGUUUUGGAAAAGACAAUUAGUUUCGAGCCCCUUUUGAGUGAUGACGACACUGAAGAAAAAGAAAGCAACCCGUUCUUCAAAUUUGAGGUGAUUGAAUUAGAGCCCAAGGAAAUGCUAGAGGAAUUAAGUGAUGCUAACCGACCUGAAAAAGAACCCAAGAAGAAACGUAAAUUGAAGCUUAAAACAAAAUUAGAAGAAAAUCUUGUUGAGAUAGUUGAAAUUUCUCCACUUGACAGCAAUGAUAAGCAGUAUGAAGUUACCGUAACUAGUUCAGAGACUAAUGAGUAUCAGCCAAAGGAAAAGAAGAUAAUCAAAAAAAAAGUUAAGCGUAUGAAUAAAAAGGAGUUGGAUGACUUUAUCACAGAGCUUAAGGAUGAGCCUGAUCAAGCAUUCUAUGAAACCGCCAUGACUGAUUUCUUCGAAGUGAAGUUGAUUGAACUGGAACCUGAAGAGAUUCCUGAUGAUAAUGUAUCUCAAAAAACUAAAAAGCGUAGAAUUUUGCAUAAGCGUGGAGAAACAGAAGAGGUUUUAGAAAUUGUUGAAACUGUUCCUUCAUCCGGCGAGGAGCCAUUCUAUGAAAUAUCAAUCAAAUCAACUGAACCAGAAGAGGAAACUGAUACUCAAAAGCCAAUUGAAAGGCCAAAACCAAGAACUAAGAAAAUGAAAAAGGUUGAUCUAGAUGCGUAUAUACAGCAGCUGAUAAAUGCCGAGAUUCCAAUAACUGAACUUGAGAAGUAUGAAAAAACUGAAAUAGAUUCCAAGCCGAAGAAACCAAAGAAGCAUAAGAUCAAACAACCUAAGGCCCAUAUCGAUGAAGGUGAAGCUUUUGAAGUGGGUAUCGUACAGGAAGAACCAAUUAAGAAACCAAAGGUCAAGAAACCCAAGCCUCAACCAAAACUUGAAGAUGAAUCAGUAACUGAACCUGAAAGUGUUACUGAGCACAAAGAGUUUACAAUUAGCAUGAUUGACUCACAGCCCAUUCCAGAGAAAAUUGUGGAAGAGAUAGUUAAGGCAGCUGCCCUUGACCUAGACGAAAUUAUAUCAAACAUCGGUGAAUCCCUCCCUAUCAUAGAAUUGGAGAAACUUACCGAGACCGUCCCUCAACCUACUGAAGAAGUUGAAAGCUCGGAAAUCAAAAUAAUUAAAAAACGCAAAGUGAAAACUAGAAAGGGUUCCAAGCAGUAUGAAGUACAAAUCGUGGAAACUAUAGCACCGGACGAUGAUCAUGCAGAAGCAAAGGUUGUUGUUAUAACAACUGAAAUCGUUAAAGACAAUACUGAUGUACCAAUCGAAGAGCAAGCAGAAACUCCAAAGAAAACUAUAAGAAAGGUGAAAAAAGAUAAGCUCAAAGAAUAUAUAGUCAGCAUUAUUGAUGAGGCCUCAACAGAACUUUUAGCCAAAAUUUCUGAGGACGUGUCCCCUGUGGCAGAAGUGGAACCUUUAGAAGAUAAAGAUAUCACAAGUUUUAAAACUACAGUAGUUGACGAUGUUACCGAAGAUAAUGUUAAGCCAGAAGAGGAAUCGGUUGACAGUCCAACAGGCAAGCCAAAGGAUAAAAAGAAGAAAGCAGCUAAAUCGAAAAAGGUUACAGUAAUUGAAGAGCAGCCAGUUCAGGGUAAAGACAGCACUGAGGGAGAAGAAUAUCCUAGUAAGGAUGUGGAAACAUCAAAAUCAUCGUCGCACGAUGAAUAUUCAGUUGAGAUAACAGAAGUAGCGCCAAAGUCUAAGAAAAAGGUGCCGAAGAAUAAACUUGAGCAGCCCAUGCCUGUCCCGAUAUCGGAACACAAAGUUCGUCUUGAGGAACUCGCACCUGAAACAACAACCGAACAAGUUACUAACGAACAAGGAGAAGAGGUUGAAAGGGUUACAACUAAGCGAAGACUUAAAAAGAAGGAAGGUCCAAAGGAAUAUCUAAUUGAAGUUGUCGAAACAUACGAAGAAAAUAAGCCCGAGGCAGAAUUGGUUAUUCAGACUAUAGAAAUAACACCAGAAUCAGACUCUCAAGCACCUGAAGAUCACAAAAUUAAAAUUGUGAAAAAGAAAAAACCCAAAGAGGAAAAAAUUGACACUUAUAUUCAACAGUUAAUUGAAGAAGAAGUUCCGAAAACAGAGCUUGAUGUCUACGAAACAACCGAAUUGGAAUCAACCCCGGAGUCAAAGAAACCGAAGAAGAUAAAGAAACACCAUAAGAAAACCACCGAAAUAGUUGAUGGUAUUCCACAUACUGUACAUGAAUUUACCAUUCAAGAGUUCGAGCCAGAUGCAGAGCUAGUGCCCGAAACCAUCACAGAAAUUGAGGAUGAUAUAACCCCGAAAACACAGAUAGAGGAUUACGAAAUAGAGGUAUCAGAUGAACAGCCUAAACGUAAGCCGAAGAAAGAUAAGAAAUCAAAGGUGGUGGUGGUCGACCAAGAACCAGUCCAUAUUGAAGACAUUGGGGAAACUGUAGAAGUUACUAAGUUAGUUGAAGACGAUGGCACAACAAAAGAAGUUCAAGUAAAGAAGCGUAAGAUCGUUCGCAAGCAAGGUCCAAAGGAACAUGUUUUUGAAAUAACAGAGACAUCAAAUAAUGAUGAGCCUUUGGCCGAAGUUACCAUAAUUGAUAUUACAGAAGAUGAAAGGCCGAGUGAUACAGUUGAACCACUUACGAAACGGAAGGCACCAAUCAAAAUGCCAAAGAAACUUAAGCGCGAAGAUGUGGACAACUAUGUAAUUAAUGUAGUCGAAGAGUUUACACAGCCAAUAGGUACGUUCCCUCAAGUUGAGGAAAUUCUCCCUAAAGAGGAUGAUACGGUUGCACAAGCUGAAGAAAUUCCCUCAGAAGAUGUUGAAGAGGUGACUGAAGACAAAAUUCCCAAGCUUAAAACAAAAACUAUAAAGCCGAAGAAACCCAGAAAGAAAUCUGAAGAUCACACAAUUCGUAUUGAAGAACUUGCUCCUGAAACCAUUAUCGAAGAUAUUGUCAACGAAGAAGGAGAUGAAGUAAAGCAGGUAAAAACUACGAAGAAGCUGAAGAAAAAAGACGGCCCCAAGGAGUACUUGAUAGAAAUAACCGAAACCUAUCAAGAGAACAAACCAGACGCUGAUAUUGAAGUGACAACCUUUGAAAUACCUGUAGACGAAACAAGCAAAGUAGAUAGAGAUCAGCCUGUUAAGAUAGUUCAAAAAUUGAAAAAGAAGAAGGCCGUAAAGGAUGAUUUAGAUAAAUAUAUUCAAGAACUUAUUGAGCAAGAAAUUACAAAAACAGGUCUAGAGCAAUAUGAGCCCACGGAAAUUGAAUCGAGGCCCAAGCCGAAGAAAAAAGUAAAAACCCAUCAUAAAAAAAGUGUGCAAAUAAUUGAUAAUGUUCCCGUUACCGUUCAUGAGUUUGAUGUUACGGAAAUAGAACCUGAGCUUAUAGAGGAAGAUAAACCAUUGGUUAUUUCAGACAAACCUGAAGAUGAGACUUCUGAGAAUGAAGAGCCCGUAAAAUAUUUGGCAAAUGUUUUGGACGAGAUUUUAGAACCAACACAAACCCCUGAUGACAUAACUGACGAGCCGACAACCGCACCUAAGCGAGAGAAGUCACAGAAAAAGAAAAAGAUAGAAAAAGUUCCAGUAGUUUUAGAUGAAAUAUCUGAAUCUACUGAAAUUAUACAGCAGCCUACAGAAGACGGUGUUUUGAAAGAAUUUUCUGUGAAGAAGCGUAAGGUUACUCAUAGGAAGGGUUCCAAACAAAGCAUCUUUGAGAUAACUGAAACUACUAGCGAUGAUCAACCCAUGACAGAAGUAACUAUCGUAGAGCUAACGGAAAAUGAGUCAUCCAUUCCGGAAGAAGCCCCAACUGUUGAACAGAAAGUAGUAACGAAAACUAAGAAACUAAAUAAGGAAGAUGUACAGGAAUAUGUUAUCAAUGUUAUUGAUGAUUUUGUGCAAGAAUUGCCCCUUGAAGCAAUUGAGGACAUAGUAAAGGAAAUUCCCGAAAAGAAAAGGGUAAAGACUAAAAAACCUCCGAAGGACUAUAAAUUCAGGGAGACCGAAGAAAUUUUGGCCGAAGAAUUUGAAAAACCUAAGGAUGUUCCUGAAAUGCCAGAUGAGACAAAACUUGAAGUUCCAGUGGAGCCCACUGAUUUCACCAUAGGCGUUAGCGAAAAUGUUACUACAGAUGACAAGAAACCUAAAAAAGCGAAGAAGCCGGUAAAGUCACAGCCAGUUAAUGAAAUUGAAUAUGAGAAACAUCCAGACUAUUUGAUAAAGGUAUCGUCUACAGAGGAAACAGCGGCGAAUGAGUUAACAGAAACUGAAAGUGUGAACCUGGAAUCAGAGGAUGUACAGCCACAGGAGCCAGCUUUCCAUAUAGAAGAGAUCGAAACUAUACCAGAUGUAGUUGAAGAACAGGAUGAAAACAGUGCAACAACAAAGAAAGUCGUUAGUAAGCGAAAGAUCAGAAAGCAAGUUGGUCCUAAGGAAGAAAUCAUAGAAAUUGUCGAAACUGUCAAGGACGGGCUGCCUGAAUAUGAAGUCACAGUAACUACUGAAGAAGCCGAGAAAGAAGUUGAACAAAUUCCUCAAGAAGAGAAGCCAAAGAAGUUUAAGAAGACCAAAAAGGUUCCAAAGGAUGAUUUACAUGAGUAUAUACAAAAACUUAUUGAACAGGAUAUUCCGAAAUCAGAAUUAGAGAAGUACGAAAAAAUAGAUUUUGAUGAACCAGUCAAAAUGAAAAAGAAGAAGCCUGUGAAAAAGAUCCAAAUUACCGAAGAAGAAGUUAAGGAUGCCCCUGAAGUAUCAAUUAUAGAAGCUCCCGAAUAUGAAACACAUCCAUUGGAAAGUCCUUUGGAAGAAUCACAAUUGAUGGUUACUGUUAAAGAAUUUAUAGCACCAAUACCCAAAGAAAAAUCCUUUGAAGUUACAGUUCUUGAAGAACAUGUUGAAAAUAAGCCGAUUCCGGAUAGUGAAGGGGAAAUUAAAAUAAAGGAAGUAAAAACAAAGAAAAUAAAACACAAAAGGGAUCAGGAAGAGAUAAUUCAUGACAUAAAAGUUGUUCAUGAUAAAGAUACUGAUGAAUCCGAAAUUACUAUAGUAACAUCAAGUCCAAACGAAACUGAAGAUCAGCAGGAAGUUACUGUUAAGCAAAAGCGAACCAAAAAACUUAAAAAGGAUGAUGUUGAUGAUUUCAUUAAAACAGUUAUUGAAGAAGAUGUACCACGAGAACAGCCAUCUGACGUUGUUACCGUUACUGAGGAGACGGAUUCUCAGAAAAUACCUGAAAAAACAAAGAAGAUCAAAAAGAAGGAAAAAAGGCCGUCAUUGGAAGAGAAAUCAACGCCAAUAGAAAACGUAGAAGUUGUAGAGAGCUUACCAACGGAGGAACCAACUGAAGAAUUCCGCGUGGAUGUAGUGGAAGUAUCUCCCACCGUCGAGUCUGAUAAAGAAGGUGAAGUACCCCAAGAUCAUAGUAUACCUGAAAAGAAAAAGAAAUCUCCUAAGCAAAAGAUUCAAGUUAUUGAAGAACGACCUGAGAAAGAAACUGAUGUUAAGCCUUUGGAGAUUGUGGAAAAGGAGUUUGAUAUUGAAAAGCCAAUUGAGAAAGAAUACAGUGUCACUUUCACAGAAGAAGAAUCUAAGCCAAAGGACAAAAUAGAAAUGAAGCCGAAGGAGGUUAAGGAUAAGCAGGCUCAACCAGAGGAACAAACUUACCAAAUCUCUGUUAAGGAAAGUCAUAUUCAACUCGAAGACCUUCCUUUAACUAUAGAAAUGAUCGAAAGUGAAACGAAAGAGGAGGUAACCACAGAUGAUGCUGGCGAGGUCCAUAAAGUAGUUACAACAAAACAUAAGAUUAAACGUCCAAAGGGAGAAACGGAUGAAGUUAUUGAAAUAAUUGAGGUAGUUACUGAUGAUCAGCCUAACGCGGAAAUUACAAUUGUUGAGUACGAGCCGGUACAACCACAAGAGGAAGAAAAGGCCAAAGAACCGAAAAAGAAAUUAAAGAAAGUUAAAAAGGAUGAUAUUCAUGAUUAUAUACAAAAACUUAUAGACAUGGAGACUCCUAAAACUGAAUUGGAAAAAUAUGAGAAAAUUGAGUUCGAGCCAAUACCCAAAGAAAAACCUACGGAAACAACGCCUGUAACAGUGACAGAUGAAUCUCCAUCCGAGAAACCAAAGAAGGACAAAAAGUCUAAGCCGAAAGAGUUGCCCAUAAAAGAUGAAUCUUUACCAGAACCAUUGGCUGAAAUUACGGUUAUUGAGGAGGAAGAACAUGAAAAGCCAAAAUUGGUCGAAGUAGUGGAAGUUCAACCAGUGGAUGUCAAAAUUACAGAAACAAUCACUGACGAGGGCCAUCCAGUUCAAGAGAAAACUACUAAGCGAGUUUUAAAGAAAAAGGGUCCCGAGGAAGAAACCACUUUCAAGAUAACAACAAUUGAAAGCGAAGGCAGUGAUACCGUGACUGUUAUCGUCGACGAGGAACCUGAAGCCGUGCCAGUUGAGUCUAUUGAAACUCAACCAGAGAGUGCGGAAGAAGAGAAACCAAAGGCCAAACCGAAGCCUAAGAAAUCAGUAAAGAAGGUUAAAAAAGAUGAUUUGGAUGAAUAUGUUAAGAAACUUUUAGAGGAAGAACUACCAAAGACUGAAAAGGAAGUGUAUGAAAAAGUUGAAAUGCCAGAAAAACCGAAAGACAAAGCCCCAACAGAAAGUGUGACAGAGCAGGCAAAGCCUGCCGUGCCCGAAACCCCAAUAGCAGAUCUUGACUUGCCCUUACCUAAAAAGACGAAAAAACCUAGAACAAAACCAGUUGACGUAGGGGAACAAAGACAAGACGAACCAACGAAAGAGACUGUUUCUGAGACUAAAGACGUAACUGAAGAUACACCAACUCAAAUUGCACACCCCGAGGACACAGCCACUGCACAAAUUACACCAAGCGCACAAGAUGAAAUAUCUACUCAAGAUGACACUAAAGAUACAGUUCAAAAAACAGUUAAGCAUAAGAAAGCUAAGCCAGACACAGUUAAAAGCGUUGAAACAAGUGAAGCACCCGAAGCUUAUAAGGAUUAUCACAUAAACGUGAUUGAUGAAGAGCCCGAAGAAAAAGAAGUGCAGCCCGAUAAAAUCUUGGAAGUUAGAAUUAUCGAUGAAGUUUCUGAAGUCGAAGAGUCUCAGCCCAUCGUCGAAGAAGUCGAAGAGGAGGAUGAAAAACCGACAGCCGAGGAAACAAUUGAGGAUGUCACGAAGCCGAAGACAAAGAAAAAGAAGAUUGUCAAAAAGAAGACCCAUGAACACGAUGAAAUAAUACAAAAGCUGCUUGAACAAGAAAUUGAAAAAACAGAGUUGGAGAAAUAUGAGAAGGUCGAAUUUGAUACGCCCAAGAAACUGAAACCAGAAUUCGCUAAUCUCGAACCAAUUAAAAUUGAAAGGAAGGAACAGAAGCCCACAAAGGUCACAAUAGUUGAGGCCGCUGAGAUUCCCAAGAUGGUGAAGUUAAAGCCUGGCAAACGUAAGGAGAAACCGGCAGAAGAACAAACUGUACAACUUCCCAAAUUCAGGCUUAAGACUCGCAUGAUUAUGGUUGAAUAUCCGCCCACCCCGAUUAUACCAAAGUUGACAGACAUUGGUGCAAUUAAGCAGAACGGUGACCUCACCCGCAAUAUUGAGGAAGCGGAAGAGCUACUAAAGUUCAAGCCACACAAACCCAAGAAAAUUAAGAAAAUUAAAGAUGAUUUGGAGAAGGUGGAGCUUGAAAAGUAUGAAAAAUAUGUGAGUAGUGAAGAAGAACCGGAGGCAAAGCAACCAUAUCAAAAACCUGAAAAGGUACCAAAACCAGAAGAAACUCCGGAAGAAGUCAAACUUAAAAUUGGUAAGGGCAAGAAGAAGCCUAAGGAGGAAGAAUCUCCUGAAAAUGUUACGCUCAAAAAGAUACCACAAAAGCCCACAGAAUAUGAAGAAGAAAUUGAAAAGAAACCAAAAGAAAAGGAUGUGAUUGUAGCUGAAGAGCAACCAAGGCAGCCCAGGGAGCAGGAUAUACAAGUGGAACCAUUCGAACCAAUUGAUUAUGAGCGGCCUGAAUAUAUUCCAGAAGAACUUGAGGAAGUGGAAAAACCAGAAAAGCCGGAAAAGCAAAAGAAACCAAGUAAAACAAAGUAUAAGCCUAAAGAAAAAUCAAAGCCAGAACCGGAAACAAAUAUUACGGAAAUUGUUCCUGGAAAACCAAAAGAACAAGAAGAAGUGCCCGAUACUGACAUAAAGUUCCGCAAGCCCGAGAGUGAGGCACCAGAAGAGACGGAUUCUCAAAUUAAACUGAAACCAGUGAUAAAAACUACUGAAGAAACACCAAUUGAAGAUGUUGUUGACAAGACAACGGUUGAGGAGUCGAAGCCGCAGGAAAAGGUAAUCAAACCUGAAGACGAGGUUAAGAAGUCUAAGAAAUCUAAAGCGAAGCCUGCACAACAAAAAGAAGAAGAGAUUACUCAAGAGAAGCAGCCAGAAUUUGAGGUUUCAGUAAAGGAAAGCGAAGCCGUUAUUGAAAAGGCCGACGAUGUUGAGAUGCCCAAAGAGGUAAAGGUGAAACAAAAAAAACCGAAAAAAGAACCUGUGGCUGAAGUCGAAAUCGUGAAAGAACUGCCUGAGGCAACAGAAGUGUCAGAAGAAAUCCCUGUAGAGUACAAAAUAACAACAACUGUUUUAGAGCCGGAUGAAGCACCAAAAGAACAUCAAGUUAAAGUGGUUGACUUUGAUGAAAGGGAAGUUACCACUGAAGAGGUUGUUGAAGAAAAGGUUGUUACUAGAAAGAAGAAGCCGAAGCCAGAGCAGCCAGAAGAGUUUGAGGUCACGUUACAGGAGCCACAAUUAAUACAACCUGAAGCCGAAGAGGAAACAGUUGAAGUUGUGAUUCCUGUUCAACACCCCGAACAAGAAAGUGAAGAAUUUGAAGUCGAGUUGAAGAUAACCGAACCACAACCAGAAGAGCAAAAUGUCGUUGUGAAGAAAAGGCCUAAGAAGAAGCCUGUGGAAAAAGUAGAGGAAGUGAAGCAAGACGUGGUAAAAGAAGUGGAGACGCAACCGGAAGAGCAAAUAGAAAAAGAUAUUUUGCAGGUGGAAGAUGUAGAAAAGGUUGAAGAAACACAAGCGAAAUCUUUCGAAUUCCAAGUGACUGAAACCGAUGCCCCUCUAAUAAAACCAGCAGAAGUCAUUGAAGAAAAACCAAAAGAAACGGCGAAGAAACCAGCUCCGAAAUUGAUUGAGAAAUUCGACUCUUAUGAAAUUUCCGUCAAUGAAUCUCAGGUGGAUAAAGUAAUUGAGCAGGUGGAACAACCCGAGGAAGAUGUUCCUGAAGAAGUUCUAAUUACCACAAAAGCAAAAGAACCGGAACCAAUAGAAACAGAGUUUGUGAUAACGGAACCAAAACCAACAGAAGAGAGUCAUGUAGAAGCGGAAGUCAAGCCAAAGAAAACAAAGAAGCCUAAGAAAACUGAAGAGGCCACUUGUCUUGAUAUUAAAGUUGUUGAAGAAGUGCCUGCUCCAGAAGAAAUAAUAGUUGAAGCUGAACAACCUGAUGUUGUUGAAAAGGAAACAGUUCCCGCUAAAGAAACACCAAAAGAAUAUAAGAUUCGGGUAUCUGAUACGGAAAUUGAGCAACCAGAAGAACCAACUGCUGCAGAAUUUACUGUGAAGAAACCGAAAUCUUCCCUUGUUGCUGCAGAAGAACCGGAAGCAGAGUUUGUUUUAAAAGAGAGCAAGCCUGUAGAAGAAGUAACCGAAGCAGCCGAAAUAAAAACGAAGAAGCCUAAAAAGAAAGUUAAGGAAGUUGUGGCGGAAGAACUUAAGAUCCAAAUCAAAGAAGAGAUUCCUCAAGAAAUUCCCGUAGUGGAAGAAAUCAUUGAGGUUGUGACAGAAAAAGAGGAGGAUGUCCCUUCUGUUGAUUAUAAAUCGUAUGAAAUUGGUGUGAAGGAAACAGUACCUGAAAAACCUGCCGAGGAAGAAGUAAUUGAGGAGCCAUUGGUAAAGGAGCCAGUAAUCGAAGAGGAAGCACCUACUGUUGAAUACAAGUCCUAUCAAAUAGGUGUGAGAGAGACAGUAGCUGAGAAGCCUGUUGAGGAAAUUCCAGCAGAAGACCAAUUGGUAGAGGAGCCUAAAGUCAAAGAGCCACAGCCAGAAGUCUUUGAAGAACUUAAAGUCAGAGUUAUCGAAGAGACACCCCGUGAAGUUGUAGAAGAAGUUCUCGAAGAGCGCAUUAAGGUGCACCGCAAGAAAAAGCCGAAGCCAGAAAUUACAGAAGAGCCAGAGGCUGAAAUAAGCAUUCCCGCUUCAAAACCUGUUGAUGAAGUGGAAGCGGUCCAAAGCGUUACCAUUGUACCUGAGAUUCCGACUGAAGAGGAUGCUGCAGAGCUUAAGAUAACUAUUAUUGAUGAAAUAUCUCAGCCGCAAGAACUUAUUCAGGAGAUUGAAGAAAUCGAAACCGUUAAGGAAUCAGUCGCUGAGCCGGUACCGGUAGAAAAGCCAAAAGACUAUAAAUUCAGUAUAAAAGAAUCUGAGACGCCAAAGGAAAGUAUCGAGGAAUUGCCCGAAGAACAGGUUACCAUUCAGAAAAAGAAGAAAGUUCCGGAGCAAAAAGAAACGGUCGAAGACUUACCCGAAGAGCAGGUUACCAUUCAAAAGAAGAAGAAGAAGCCUGAACCUCAGGUUAUAGAAGAACCCGAAGCCGUUUUCGAAAUCAAACAAAAACAACCAGUGGAAGAAGUUACGGAGGAGGCUAAAAUAAAGAAGAAGCCGAAGAAACCGGUAAAGGAAGAAGAGGCAGCUGCAGAGCUUAAAGUUACUGUGAUCGAGGAAUCUGCACCAGAACCAAUAAUUGAAAUCGUCGAAGAAAUUGAAGAGCAGCUGGAAGAGACCCCUGAAGUUGUGCCAGUUGAAAAACCCACUGAGUACAAAUUCAAGCUGGAAGAAAGCCAACCCGAAGCUCCAGAAGAAAUUGAGGAAGAGGAUGUUCAGAUGGUGAGCUUGCCCAAGAAAACUCCAAAGGUCAUUGCACCGAUUGAAGAACCUGAAGCUGAAGUUGUCCUUAAACCCAAAUCGAAGCCUGAAGAAGUACAGGAGGAAGUCAAAAUAUCAAAGAAGAAACCCAAAAAGAAGGUUGUAGAGGAAGCCGCUGAAGAACUAACAGUUAAGGUAGAAGAAGAAGUAACUCCUGAGCCUAUAAUUGUGGAGGAAGAAGUUGUAGAAGAAGUUGAAGUUAAGAAACCAGAAGAACCAACACCCGAAGAAACAGUCGAUGCUGCCGUUUUCAAACUGAAGAAGCCAGUUGCACCUGAGGAAGAGGAUGUGGUCGCUGAAGUUACUUUGAAACCAAAGCUACCCAAGGAGGUGCAAGACGAAGAGUUCGCAGUCGAUAUCAAACUGCCAAAAGAAAAGAAGGUUUCUGAAGAAACAUCGGAUGAAACUGUGCAGCUCAAGAAGAAGAAGAAGCAACAUAAACCAGUGGAAGAAGCUGCGGAUGAGCUACAACUUCAGCAAACUGUUAUCGAAGAGAGACCAAUAGAGAUUGAAGAAGAAGAAAUCAUUGAGGAAGCCGUUGUAGUAAGAAGGAAACCAAAGAAACCUUUCCAACCAACGGUAGAAGAACAUGAAGAAACUGAAUUCAGUCUCUCAUUUAAAAAGCCUCACACUGUAACUGAAGGUGUCGAAGAAGCAGCAACAGUUCUUAAGAAACGUCCAGUAAAACCCAAGACCCAAGACGAAGCUGCAGCAGAACUGUCAAUUAAGCGCCUGGAAGAAGAAUACGAAGAAGGGGAUGACGUUGAAGAAUUUUUGGUUAGCCAACGACCCAAGCCAAAGCCACUGCAAGUUACCGAUGAAGAAGACCAAGAGUACACUAUCAAAAAGCUCAAGCGACGCAAGAAGGUGGACAUUCCUGAAUUCUCUGAUGUUGAAAAUGUUACUUUCCGACCAAAGACCACCAAGACUAAAGAAGACGUUGACCAAGAGUUUAAUAUUGCCCUAGACUCCUAUGCUGAGGAGGAAGUGUCCAUGUCUGGAAAGGUGAAACUUAAGAAACCAAUUAAGAUGACCUACUCGGAAGCCACUGAUGAGGCAAGGAUUAAGAUUUUACAAGAUUAUGAUGACGGUGAAGGUCCAAUAAUUGAAGAAAUACAUGACGAUGAAGAUACUAUUGAUGAAGUUGAGGAGCCUGAAGAGUACUUGGUUGAGGAGCUUCCUCCAGACGAGGUUGACUUUAAGCUAAAACCGAAAAAGCAGCCCAAGCCACACUAUUCAGUCCAAGACGAAGAAGAGGAACAAUUUCUGAUUGGUCUUCGCCAUGCCAAACGUGAUUCAGUGACGUACGAUGAAGAUUCUCUUACAUUCAAAAAGAAGCGUAAAAUCGUGCAACAACUUUUCAAUGAAGAUGGCGCUUCUCUUAACAUUACUAGGGAAAUGGAUGUGGAAGAAUCUCAAUUCGAGAACAUCAUGUAUUCUAUUUGCAAUUACAUUGCUGAUAACGAUGAGGCAAUCAAUUUGGUAGAGGGUGAAAAAGUACAGGUUAUUGGACGCCAUAGCUCUGAAUGGUGGUAUGUCAAGAAGAGCAUUACGGAAGAGGAAGGUUGGGUGCCUGCCCAAUAUCUUAUGGAGCCCGCGGAAUAUGCCCAAUAUGUGCAGAAUAAGCUGCAUGAAAAGAUUGAUAAGCUACCCGUGUUUGAAAGACCUGGACCUCAAGACAAGCCGAUAGCACCGCGAUUCAUUGAAAAGUUACAACCAAUACACACACCUGACGGUUAUACAGUGCAAUUCGAGUGCAAGGUCGAAGGUAGUCCGAGACCACAGAUCGCUUGGUUCCGCGAAACAGCCAUCAUAAAACCCUCACAGGACUUCCAAAUGUUCUACGAUGAUGACAAUGUAGCCACAUUGAUAAUUCGUGAAGUCUUCCCCGAAGACGCUGGCAAAUUCACUUGCGUGGCCAAGAAUGCCGCUGGUUUCACUUCCAGUACAACCGAAUUGAUUGUCGAGAGUCCGCUAUCGGAUCAUGGCUCAGAUGCCACGGCACUUUCGCGCAGAAGCAUGUCCCGUGAAUCUUCCUUGGCUGAUAUACUUGAGGGUAUACCACCAACAUUUUCGCGUAAGCCAAAGGCCCAAUAUGUUGAUGAAGGUACCAAUGUAAUCUUGGAGUGCCGUCUUGUUGCGGUGCCCGAGCCUGAGAUCGUUUGGACCUUCAAUGGUGAAGACAUUGAUGAGGAAGAGAUUAAAAAUAUUCGGAUUGUUACCGAAUCGGAUAUGCACAUGUAUUGCAGCGUUGUGCAUAUUACAAAAGUUAAAAAAUCUCAAGAGGGCACAUACGAAGUUAUAGCCACAAAUCGCGAGGGCGAAGCUCGUUUGCCCAUCACAUUGAAGGUACGAACCUCGGACAAAGAAGCUCCUCAAAUUUUGGAACCUUUGCGUAAUAUGGUGAUACGUGAGGGUGAAAGCGUUGUGCUAUCGACACAAAUUGUUAGUAAUCCAGUGCCAAAGGUAACCUGGUACAAGGAUGGCAAGCCCAUUAAGAAUGCCAAAUCAGAAAAAGACUUACAUACUCUAACACUGAUUACACCAAAGAAGUCGGAAAAGGGUGAAUAUACAGUCAAGGCUGUCAAUCCAUUGGGCGCUGUGGAAACCACUGCUUAUCUUACAAUUGAAGAACCCACCAGUGGUAAUGCAGAGCCUCCAUUAUUUGUGGAACGUUUCGAGGAGCAAUCGGUGCCGCAAAAGAGCGAGAUUCGCUUACCUGCUAAGGUUUCCGGAAAUCCAGUUCCUGAGGUACAAUGGCUGUUCAACAAUAACCCAUUGUAUGCCAGCGAGCGAGUGCAACAGAUUUAUGAUGGCGAAAAUAUUGAGCUCAUUAUACAGAAUGCCAAUCCAGAAACUGAUUCGGGUGACUACAAAUGUAUUGCCAGCAAUCCCAUAGGCAAAACAUCACACGGUGCACGUGUGAUUGUUGAGGUCGAUGAGGUGACCUUUACCAAGAAGCUGAAAAAGACCAUUACCAUUGAGGAGGUGCAAUCCCUGACAUUGGAAUGUGAAACCUCUCAUGUGGUCUCAACCAAAUGGUUCUUCAAUGGCAAGGAGCUGAGCGGCAUGGACCAUCGCGUUGUCGUUGAGGAUGGCAAGACUCAUAAGCUGGUCAUUAGGAAUACAAAUCUACGCGACUCCGGUACAUAUGUAUGCAAGGUAAAGAAGCAAGAGACGCAAUCAACAGUGGAGGUGCUGCAACGUAAGCCAGACUUCCUAAAAGUGCUAGAAGACUAUGAGGUAACCGAAAAGGACACAGCCAUUCUGGAUGUCGAGCUGACAACGGAAGCUGUAGAGGUCACCUGGUACAAGGAUGGCGAAAAAAUCACACCUGAACACAAAAACUGUGAGUUCAUCAAGGAUGGCAAAUCGAGGCGCUUAGUCAUACGUGAUACUACAAUUCAUGAUGAGGGCGAAUACACGUGCAAGCUGGAGGGCCAGGAGUGCAGCGCAGAGCUUACUGUCAUUGAACUGCCACCAGAGAUUAUAAAACACUUGGAGGACAUCAACGUCACAAAGGGUGAAAAUGCCACGUUCAACAUUGAGCUGAGCAAGGGCGAUGCACUGGUAAAAUGGUUCAAGGAAGGCAAAGAAAUCAAGUUCACUGAGCGCAUACAGCUAGCGAUUGAUGGUAAAAAGCAAUCACUGCGUAUUUUGAAGGCCAAGCCUGAAGAUGUAGGCGAGUAUUCCAUUCAAGUUGGAGAGCAAACAUCUAAGGCGAAGCUGACAGUUGAGGAGCCAUUAGUAGACUUUGUGCUUCGGUUGCCCGACGUCACGCUGGCUACCAAGACCACAGAUGCUGAAUUCACAGUCGAGCUCUCUCAGCCCGAUGUGGAGGUUACCUGGUACAAGAAGGGCAAGCCCAUCAAGCCGAAUAAGAAGCAUGAGGUCUUCGUUGAGGGCACUGUUAGGCGUCUGGUCAUUCAUGAUGUUAGCGACGAUGAUGCGGGUGAGAUCAGCUGUGUUGCCGAAAACGUCACCAGCAGCAGUAAGCUUUGCGUUGAGGAGCUUAAACUGCCGCCCGUGAUUACUUCUGACAAGGAUCAAACCAUCAAAGUGAAGGAGAACGAAGACGCUACCUUCACUGUCAAAUACACUGGCACGCCCACACCCGAAGCUGAGUGGACGACGCGCAAAAUUGUCAUUCCCAAGUCGAAGCGUACUAUUCCCACUAUUGAUGAACAAUCCGCAACUCUGACCAUCAAGAAGGUUGUCGACGAUGACGAGGGCGAGUAUACGGUUAAGCUUGUAAAUCCUGUGGGUGAGGCAGAAGCCAGCCUACAUUUGGUCAUUAUGCGCAAACCCACGGCGCCAGGCACACCUCAGCCUUUGGAGGUGAUGCACGAUUCAAUUACACUUUAUUGGAAGGCCCCGGAGGAUGAUGGUAAAUCUGAAAUUAUUGAAUACAUUCUGGAGUAUCAUGAUGUGAAGCAGGAAAAAUGGACUGAGAUACGCAAGAUUAAAGAUACAACUUAUACCAUCAGCAAGCUGAAGAUCGAUACAGAAUACGUAUUCCGUGCGAUUGCAGUCAACGAAGUUGGCCCAUCGCCGCCCUCACCCAUCUCAUCACCCAUACGCCUGAUGCCUAAGGUUGAAACCGAAGCACCCAGCGUACGUGAGCCUUUGCAGGAUAUUGUCAGUGAUCUGAAUAAGGAGGUGACACUGUCCUGUGUGUUUGGGGGCAUUCCAGAGCCAAGUGUUACAUGGAAAAAGAAUGGCCAAGUCUUCGAGUCGAGUAGCUUGCGCUACGAGAAUCGUGUUGCCAAAUAUACCAUUGAAAAGACUACUAUUGAGACUGAAGCCACAUAUACAUGCGUGGCUACUAAUGAGAAGGGCUCCGUGGAAACGUCGUGUAGACUUAAACUGCAGCAGAAGCCAGUCGUAGAAAUUGGGGAGAAGUACUUGACCCAAAAACUGCGCACUGGCAGCACUCUCACCAUUCCAGCAACAGUCCGUGGCUAUCCUCAGCCAACUGUGACCUGGCACAAGGAGACCGUCGAACAGAAGUCAACCACCAAGGAAAUCACCAUUGAAACGACAGAGACUAGUUCCACAUACACCCUUAAGAAGGUAACACGCGAACACUCUGGGCGGUACAAAGUGACGGCAACAAAUGAAUCGGGAACCAGCUAUGCAGAGUGCACGGUUCAAGUGAUUGACAAGCCAAGCAGGCCACAAUCCCUGGAGAUUAAAGACAUUAAAAAGGAUUCUAUUACCUUGGAAUGGACGCCACCUAUCGACGAUGGCGGCAUGGAGAUAAAGCAGUAUACGCUAGAAAAAUGCGAUGUACAGAACAAUGUCUGGAUGAAGGUUUCAGAUUUCGAUAAGGACAUCAACUCGUACGCCAUUCAAAAACUUUCCAUGAAUGCCCAGUACAUGUUCCGAGUGGUGGCUAUUAACCCCAUAGGUGAAUCGGAGCCAACGGAGAGUGAGACUGUGACCAUAACAAAGAGAUUUGAAAAACCAACUCCACCUCGUGAUCCUACUUCGGUGUCUGGCAUGAACGAUACUUCAUUUACAUUAUCCUGGGAGCCGUCGGAGAACGAUGGUGGUUCCAAGAUAAUUGAAUACAUUGUGGAAAUAAGGGAAGAGACUGAAACCGUUUAUCGCUCUGUGGGCAGUACAGCGGGCACGGUAACAAACAUUCAAGUUGAAAAAGUUGUGAAGAACAAGGGCUAUCUGUUCCGGAUCUACGCUCGAAACGAGGUUGGCACCAGCGAUGCGUUCGAGACAACAGAAAAGAUUGUUGUUGGACGCAAGAUAACGCCGCCAUCGCCACCUCAAAAUCUGAGAGCACCAGAUGUAACAAGUCGCAGCGUAACUCUCGAUUGGGAGGUACCAGCCAGAAACGGUGGUUCAGAAAUUACUGGCUAUUGCGUGGAAAAACGUUCCUCAACAUCAACAAGCUGGUCAAAGGUUAUUACUUUGGAUGCACAUCAGCUGCACUACACCAUAGACAAUUUGAAAGAUAAGUGCGAGUAUUGGUUCCGUGUGUCAGCGGAGAAUGAGGUUGGAUUAGGUGCACCAGCCGUCACAGAAAGCAUAUCGCUAAAAACACAUGCAACCGUACCAUCGCCGCCAACUGCUCCACUGGAGGCGCGAGUCAUUGCUGCCAAUGCCCACGUAUUCGAAUGGGGUAUACCCGAGUCAGAUGGAGGUGCGCCACUGCUCGGCUAUCACAUAGCCAUACGUGACAUGAAGAAGUCCAUGUGGAUUGAGGUUGGUCGGGUGCCAGCGGGUGUGCAGAAAUUCCAGAUAAGAGACUUGCAAGAGAAUCACGAAUAUAUGAUACGUAUAUUUGCUAAGAACGAGAUUGGUCUGAGUGAACCUCUCGAAUCAGAGGAGCCAUACAAAAUCAUGACUGCAGGUCAUGCCAGCCUGCCCGACGAGCCACGCACGGAGAUGAGCACAUGCAACACAUCCUCGUGGCUGCGGGAUCAUAAUAUGGAUGCGGAUAUACACUCGUAUGCGCGCGGUCGGCUGCUUCAACGCGAUGAGUACUUCUUCCGUCUCUGGGCACAAAUGCCCAAGAAGAAGAAGAAGAGCUCAAAGUAGACAACAACAAAAACCAAAACAAAAAUAAUAACAAAAACUCAAGCAAAUAGCCAUGACAAAACGAAUGAAAUUUAGGUUAGGUUAAGCAUAUUUCAAUUGUAUUUUAAUGAAUUCUUGAUUUUUAUUAGCUUUUUAUUACUUUUAAUGUACCCAUGUAAAGAGAAUGUAAUGUUCGGAUUUGCGUCCAGCAACAAUGAUGUCCACGAAACUCAAUCAGAAAAGGGCGAGCGAAGACAAACUUAAUGUUUUGAGUGCGUGGACGUGGCUGUUAGAUUGUGACGUCACUGGCCCAUUACAUAAUCUAUGAAAGAAAUUUAUAUUUUUAAUUUGCAUAAAUUCGUAUAAUUUCCUUCGCUUUAUUUUUGUAAGCUGUGAUAAAUUUAUCAAAUUCGAAAGCGUCAAACGAUAAAAUGCCAUGACAUUUGUGCCACGACACAUCGCGCAUCGGGCAACGGGCAGCCAACGGGCCAACAGCCAACAACCAGCAGUAUCGUCGACAACAACAACAACAACAAUAACAACCACAACAACCAACAAGAACACACAUUAUAGCAACAAGAACCGUUACAACACAACACAAGUGACUCAAUAUCCUCUAGGGAGACAAACAACAAAUGGUGCAAUUCGAUAUGAGUUACGAGUAUGUUGUGUAUGUGUGUGCAUGUCGGUCUGUCUGUGUGUGUGUGUACGUGUGUGAGUGUUGCGUUGUGCGUCGCGCUGACUGGCCCUUGCCUUUGCCGUGUGCUCGCUGUGAGCAAAUUUAUGGCAUCCAGAGGGUUACAUAACUAUACUUAUAUUGUGGAAGAGCCCAACAUGACUUUAAAGAAACAAAA